UUGAGGACAGCCAGGGCUUGCAGAGAGACCCAGCUUCAAAUGAAUGAAUGAAUGAAUGCUUUUGAAAAACUUUAUUAAGUACGGAAGAGGACCAGAAGAUUAGAGCUGAAUGACAGCAAACAAGUCAAAUAUUUUCUAUUGCAAGUGGUGGCAAGACACCAGUGGGAUCAAGGAGAGAGUCACUUAGCUCGUGUCAAUGUUAGAUGUGACACCUUGACUGUGUGACCUCCGCCAACGGGGAAAACCAAAUGCCGCCAGCAAAGCAGACUUGCUCUCACAUUGCCAGGAUAGGCUUCCGCUGGGACCUGGCACUUUGUGUAAACUGCAGGACUGAGUGAACGAGAAGCGUGCUGCGCGUCGGAACCAGACAUCUCUCUGCGGGAUGUGCAGUGGAUGUGGAGGGAAGGCCUGGGAAUGGAAUUGGAGGCGUCAGUGUGACUCAGGACUUGUGUGCAACCACACUGUAUGUAGCGUUCCACUGCGGACCCAUAGUUCCAAAACCAUAUUCCUUUUUACAUAGCAGCUGCUCUUAGCACCUCAUUAGCACUGAGUGCUCCCAGCUCCCAAAUCUUUAUUCCUCUAAACCCUGCUGCACAUUAAAGGAGACGGCAUGCCUUGGAGCCGUGGUUGAAGAUAGGGCCGUGAUACAGAAGGAUCGGGCUGGGCCUGGGACAUGUGCUUGUGGGAGAGAGUGGGUCAGUGGUCCAAAAUGAUGGGUGUGUUGUGAGCACACAGGGGCCAGCCUGGAGGCUUUCCAAACCUGGGGCAGUGAGACGAGCGUGGACAGAGUAGGCAUCUGUGGCUCAGUAUUGACAGGAAGUAGGGAAGAUGGCUGUAGGUGAGUCUUGUAGGACUCAUGGUGUUACACAAGUCACCCUCUCACGGCUCUGGAAGGUGGACGAACAUGGACAGUGAGCCCUGAGGGGCACUUCUUUCUUCUGCUUGUUGGUGGCUCCUGGUUUCCUUGGCUUGUGCCCAUGUGUGUCUUACCCCUAUUCUGUCCUCGAGAGGCCUCGCUUCUUCAUGUCAGAAGGCCACUGUUAACUUAGUUUUGAAUCAUGGAUGUGGUCAUCUCAAUUUCCUUAUUCCUGCCACAAACACUGCUUUCAAGGGUAGUCAUAUCUGAAUUCUGAGUGGUCAUGGGUUUUGAGAGAAUGCUUAACUUUAAUACAUAAGUGAGUAGGAGGGGUGAAGGAAGCGAGGGGACUCAUUGAACAAGGUGUUACCUGCUCAGUGGUGCAGAGAGAGGUUAUGCGGGCUGUGGUGGGCAGGGCGUCAUUGAGUGCUAAGUCUAAGCAUUGGGCUGAGUAAGUACUGAGUCUCAAGUGAUGGACUGAGCAGGGAAUGUGCAUGCUCUCUGGCAUUUCAUUGUUUUCCUAAUCUGCAAGCGGACAAGAAUAGCCAGAGCAGAGAGCGCACACAACCUUAGCUAGGUGACACUUCAUGCCUCUAGUGUGGGUGAUCACUGGAUGAUCACACUGGGAUCAUAUCCUGAGCCAGCACAAGAAUCUGGCCAUAAAGCAGGAUAGGCAGCCUCGGGGAGGCUCAUGGAGCAGCUGUGCUGUAUUAUUAGCUGUCAGUGUUGUGAAAGGUAGGUAGUUUGCCGAAGAACGGAUAUAAAAGGCCACUAAUUUGUAAUUCGUAAACGGAGUUGGACUUCAUCAUCAAGGCAGCAUAGGCUAGAAUCGGUUUUCCAAUGCUCUUGACUUCUCCCCUUGACUCAGUGAGAAUGGGGGUCAGGGCGCUGCUGGAGUGUGGCAGUUGGGUCUGCAGCGUGCCGCUUUCAGGGCUGGCUGGCAUUGUCCGUUAGCGUUGAGUUGCACCUACUCCGUGUUCGCUAAACAGUGAGCGUGCUCAGCUGCUCAUUGUGGAGACUCCGGUAUGCCAAAGCCACAGAAGGUCUUCACGCAUCUAAGCUAGGUAAGCACUGCUUCUGCUCCAGUGCGGGUUACACACUGGACACACACACUCUAUGUGACACUGGGUCCUGUGGAUUCCAACAGAAGAAUUGCCAGACGUUUCUGGAUAAGACAGGUAGGAUGGUAGCAAGGUACCGUUUGUAUGGUUCAGUAAACGUGUCUGCGUGCUUUCUCCUUUCCACCCUAAUGACUCUGCCUUUGAUGGCUAUCCUUGAAAUGAAAUCUUAGGGUGCAGAGGGGGUGUCUUACGUUAGCUGAGGGUGUGUGUGUGUUUGUGUAUCUGUCUGUGUGUGCUUGCCCGGGUGAGCAUGCGUGGAGGACACACCUUGGUUUUUGAGAAAGGUUCUCUCACUAGCCUGGAGCUGAUUGUUUCAGCUGGCAUGGAGGCAGUGAGCUCCUCAGGAUCUGCCUGUCCUCUGCGAGUACCAGCCUUACGGAUGAGUAUCACUGCAUCCAGAUCUUAUGUGGCGCCCGGGGUCCAAAUCAGGCCCUCAUACUUAGUGUGGCGGCCGCUUAACCCACCGAACCAACUUCCAGCUCCCGGUUUCCCAUUUUAGGGCCGUUACGAAUGCAGGUCAUUUUGACUUUUUAAUGUCUACUAACAGAAUACUAUGUUAGUGGAGUUGAAUUGUGGUUCCCUCUGCAAAGAAAGAAAGACAGGCGGUGGUCUGACUCCUGGUCCCUCAGUUUGUGGCCUUCCUUUGGAGGGUGGGUUUCAGGAAAUGAUGCAAUGAGCUCUUUGGGGCGGGUCCUUUCUUAGAAAAUGUAGGUGUAGUAAGGGACGCCCAGGAGGCGACAUAGAAAGUACUGACCAGGGAGCAGCAGCCUGGCUUGCAAAUGAAGGAGCAGCCUAGAACUGGCUUGCUUGGCCCUUCCCUGUGACUCCUCCAUCUUCCCUUUCUACCUUUUGCUGUGACAAGUGCCUGCCAUAUGGCUGUCCUGUCGCUGGUGCUUUGUUUUGACAGAUACAACAGAGCGCAGCGCCUGCUAAAUUUAAUUUUUUUCAAGACAGGGUUUUUCUCUGUGUGUAGCCCUGGCUGCUCUGGAACUCACACUGUAGACCAGGCUGGCCUUGAACUCAGAGAUCCACCUGCCUCUGCCUCCCGAGUGCUGGGGUUAAAGGUGUGGGCUACCACUGUCCCCCAAGUUGGGGUAAUCUGUAAUGAAUAAGACUGGGAAAAGGGCUAGUGCAUGCCCAAUAUGUGCAAGCCCCUGUGAUGAUAAAUCCCUAGUAAUAAACAAACAAACAAACAAACAAAUAAAUAAAUAAUAAAUAUCUGGCUUAUGGUUAGAGAGGCUGGACAGUCCAAGAAUCUGGUGUUGCUAUGUGAUGAGGCUCUCCUGCCCAGACAGAGCGAGCAUGCCAGCCGGGAUCCCUUUCUGUUCUCGUGAAGCUGCCAAUGCCAUGCUGGGCCCUGUCUCAUCCUAAUUAUCUCCCAAUGGUCCCAUCUCUAAAUACGUUAUCAGAAAAGUCAAGGACUAAGUUUUCGGUGUGUGAAUUUCCGAGGUGCACACUCAAACCCCAGCAACAUGCCAGACACUUGGGCCUGCUGGGUGCUGAGUUUGCUUUCAGAGUUAGAACACUGUGCUGCCCACACUGGGUUGCUGAGCCUGGGGCCUGGGGGUGGAGCUGCUUGGCCAUCCCUCCAGCACCAGCAGGAGGUGUUAUUGGUGAGAGUCCGGGUGAGUGUGGUGAAGACAGCUUCCUCUACCGUGUUCAGCAGCUUGCAUUCAGGUCACCGUGUGCCUCAGCACGACUCAGGCCUGCUGCGAUCCAGACAGCAGCACUGUCCUACUGGGAGCUUUAUGACCACUCUGCUCUGAUGACCAGGAUGUGCAAGGUACCUCUCUUUGCAUGCCCUUAUGCACCUGAGGCCUGCUCUCCAGAGCUCACCAGAUCAGCUGCCUGUCUGUCCAGGUGAUGUCUCUGUGCUACCUAGGUAGAGGAGGGUCAUAAUUAGGUUUGGAGCUGUGAUGGGGGUGGGUCCUCCAAGGAUUCAGAGUGAACCAGGUUGACCAGGGAUUAUGUGGCCUCCCAGGGACAGAGAACAAACAGCUUCCUGGACCCUCCAGGACUCCCCUGCCCAAACCUAGGCCCAGGACACCAGGCUCCCUACUGUCCUUUGACCAUGGUUUCCCUUACAGAGGCCUGGGCAAAAGCAAAACCAAAAGCCAACCAGAGCAAACAUCCUCACUGCUGCUGGGAUGUGGCUGUCAAGCCUAGUGAUUUAUGGACGCGUGGGAGCCCUUUGAAGUAUGAGGCAGAUGGAUUGGUCUCUGGGGACCCAUGGAGAGGCCUGGGCUCCUGGGGGGCUGCAUCAACAAUGGUCAGUAGGAGAAGGGGCUCUCGGAUGUGCCCUUUGUCCUUUGGCUAGCUCCGUACUGUUUCUGUCUUUUAAGCAGGACAGAGAAAGGAGAAGGCAAUGGCUUGGGCAGGGUGAGUGCAGAGUGGGGGUGUUUGGCCUAUGCCUCUGGGAGAAGCAUUGAUUCAGUGUGCCAAUAUGCGAUGGGAGUGGAUGAACAGGGGGCUGAGCACAGGGGUGACCCAAGUGGCUGCUGGGGAUGUGGGGGGAGAAGGCUUUAUAAGAAGGAGCCUUCUGACUACUCAGGACAGGAAUGAGGCUUGGAAGGACUCUGUUUUCCAAGGGUGUUAAUAGUUUUGCCAAGAACAUAAUUUCUCUCAUGAGUCAGCUGGCUUUGAUGUGCUCCAAAUUUCCCCGCUGUUUGCAAAAUUCAGUGUGUUAUCGUUUUAGUUAGCAAACUUCAUUUUGAACAUAAAACACCCUUUCUUUCAAUGGGAAAAUCCAUUGUUUCGCAAGGCAAAGUGCAGUACCAAUUACCUACUUCUCAUUAGUGAAGGCUUGAAUAUGUUUUCAGAGUUCAGAUAGGGUUCAUUCUUUAUUUUUUUUUGCUAUUCUCCCAAACUUUGAAUGCAUCUACUUGUCCAAGAAAAGUAUAACUUUCAGAAGAACUAGGAGUCAAAUUUCUCCUCCUUGACCACAUUUCUACAGACUGUAAAAGCCAGGGUUGAUGAAAAACAAAACACAAAGAAUGAAGGCCAGCACGGAGCAUAAAGUGAGCUGUUCGGGAUUACGUCUUAAAAAUUCUCUUCAUCAUUGCUUUUUUCGCCAGCCAGGGAAUGAAUCCUGCUGUGAACUGGGUCUCAUUUACGUGUGGGAGUUGUGAUGUCAAGUGAGCCUCGGCUUGGACCAGCUCUUAUAAGUAUACUUAAAACCAAAGCAGGGGCAGAGAGUUGAGCGAGCGAGCCUGGCCUGGGCCAACUGCCUAACUGUUUUCAACGAUUUACUUAUUUUUACUUUAUGUGUCUUGAGUGUUUUGCCUGUAUGUAUAUCUGUGCGCCAUUUGCAUGUCUGGUGUUCGUGGAAGCCAGAAGAAGGUGUCAUAUGUUCUGGAACUGGAAUUACAGACAGUUCUGAGCUACAGUGUAGAUGCUGGGAAUUGUAGCCAGGUCCUCUGGAAGAACAACCAGUGCCCUUAACUGCUGAGCAUCUCUCCAGCCCUGGUCCAAUGUUCAUAAGUGACAUUGAGUCCCAUCCCGGUGACUAUGUCAUGUCGGCCGGUGGUUGAAGCUGUCGCAGCCCCCAUCUCUACCAUGCAGUUUCUCAACUUUUUCAUCUGUCCCUUACAAGAAAUCCACACCCACUGGCAGUUGCUCUCCAUCUCCCUCCUCCUGUUUCCCAGUCUCUGGCAAGGACUGAUCUGCUUUCUGUCUCUGAGGAUUUGACUGUUGUGGAAAUUUCAUUUAAAUGGAAUCAUGGACCAUGUGGCCUUUGAGACUGGCUUCUUCUUCUUAGCAGAGCGUUUUUCAUGAUGGUUUCUAUGCACGGCCCCUUUAGAGCACACAUGGAGAGGUUUUCAUUGUAACUGUUCCUGUGGGUCCUUCCCAUGUGUGCAGGCUCUGCUGCCUUGCCAGCUCAGUGCUUGGGAGCUAGGCCCAGGACAAUCAGAAGUUCAAGGCCAGCCUUGAGCACAUGUUUAAGACCAACCCAGGAUAGUGAGACCUACUGCAAUAAAACAUAUCAAAACCUAAAGCCCCUUUUCAUAUUAAUGCACUUCCAGCUUCUUCAUUUAAAAAAUGCAAAUAUCUGUGAACAGUUUAUUUUUAAUUAAUUUUAAGUAAGCAUGCAAAAUAAUGGGUUUUAUUGUGGCAUCUUCUUUCAUACUUUGGUCUUAUUUCCCGCCUACCCUCCACAUUUCCUGCCCUUGCUGGUUCCCUUUUACCUAACAGUCACAUUUCUACUUUUAUGUCACAUUAUAUGCAUAAUUUAUUUCCCAGGUCUCCUGAUCUUUAGGCAUUACAUGAAACAGCCCUACAUCAAACAUCUGUGAUUUUUUUUUCUUUUUUUGACAGUUGUUUGAAUAUCUGUGGAGUCGCUUCCCAGAAGUGAAAUGUCUUUGUCUAAGUUACUGCAGACCGAAUCUCCUUUAUCCAAAAUGUUUGGGACCUGAAGUUUUUCAGAUUUCAGAAUUGUUUAGAUUUCGGAGUACUUUCAUGCAUGUAAUGUGUAUUUCUCGAGGAGCCGCAUCUCAGUGUGAGGCUCAUUUCUCUUUGAUACGCACUUGAUGCAAAGCUUUGUUAGUGUGCCUAUCCUUCGCCCACGGCCUGUCACAGGGGGCCAGAUGUAGAAUUUCUGCUUCUGCUGUCGUGUUAACACACAAAAGCUUUUGAAUGUUGGAGCAUUUUGGAGUUUGGGUCUUGAUGGUGGGGGUGCUAAACCUGCAGGACUGAAGUCUUCCUGGCUGAUCCAUUUACCCAUCCGGAAGGUGUUGUGCAGCAGUUUCCUCUGAGCGGAAACAUCCCUUCCUGGAGGAAGGUGUCUCAAGACUCAGGAAGUGAAUAACUCAGAAGUCUCAGGAGGUCCCUGAAAUCAAUGGAUUCACAAAGUUCCUCCUUCCUUAUAAGCUUACAUAAGCAGUAAGAGGAGAGGAGACUGUGGCCUGUAGUAUUGCCUGUAAAUGGUGCAAUGAGCUCCAGGGUUCCAUGGCAAAGCUCUGUGAUGCUUUGUGCAGUGGGUGUCAGGUCCCUGGGCAAGCGUGGUGUCCUGUGCCUCUGUGAAAAGGCCAUUCGUUGAUGCUGACACUGGGUUCCUUCCUGAGGUUGUUUGGAAGUGUGCUGGGUUUCGGGGCUUACCUUGACUACCUCACCUUUCACCAUGUUCUAGAUUUUAAUAUCUUGGGCUUUUUUUUUUUUUAAUACUUUCCAUUUCAGUGUGUAUGGGUGUGUUUAAAGAUUUAUUUGUUUUUAUGUGCUUUGGUGUUUUGCCUGCAUGUAUAUCUGUGUGAGGGUGCCAGAUGCCCCGGAACUGGAGUUACCGACAGUUGUGAGCUGCCAUGUAGGCGAUAGGAAUUGAACCCGGGUCCUCUGGAAGAGCAGCCAAUGCUCUUAACUACUGAGUCAUCUCUCCAGGCCCUCUCUUGGGGUUUUUAAAGAUGGAGUGUGUCAUCUUUUAAACGGGAGUGGAGUGACACAUCUUUGUGACACCACCUUGCAUCAGAAGGCAUCUUGGUUGGUAUUGUGUUUUUGGAUUACAGGGCCUGUAUCAGCUUUGUGUUAUUAUAAUAAAACACACGACAUAAGUUACUUAGGAAGUAAAGAAAGUCCUGGCAGUUGGCUCUCGGUUUUGUAGGUGGCCGUAUUCUUGGUUCUCUACUGAAGGCAGCAAAAUCCAGCAGGAAUGUACAUUAGAGUGAACACAUACAUUAGGAGCAGGAACAGUGAGGAACUGAGAGACUGGGGUCCACAGUCCGCUUCUAGAGCAACACCCCUAACGACCCAAUAUCUUGCAGUGGACCCCACUUCUCAAAGGCUCUACCACCUCAGUCGCAUACUCCCUGGAGCCAAACCCUUUGGGGACGUCAUUCAAAUGACAGUAGGGACUCAAAGGAAAUUCUGGCGUCCGUUUUUUGUGCCUCUCAUGUGCCUUACUCUGUGGGUGUUCCUGCAGGAUCUUGGUAGUGAUGAAUUGGGUUUUGCAGGAUGGAAUUCAGCCUGUCCACUGGCCAUCCCACUGUGAAGCUGUCCGCAUGUCCUUUGUAACUGAAAGGUGUAAUUUGACUGAGCCUUCACUGACCAACCGGGCUAGCCCCGAAGCUGCUGUGGCCACGGGUGGCACGUGUGAAUCUUCUUCUGAGGCAGAGGCUGAGUUUCCUGAGCGGCGAGGCGCCCCUCCCUUGGCUCCCGAGUGGUCGCUUAGGAAACUUUGCAUGCAGUGGCAUGGUGACUGGCUUUGUGUUUUCUAACACCGCGUUUCCCAAAUUGAACCCCGGGGGUAUUUUAUUUUGAGAACUGCUAGGAGAAGUUUGGAUGUGGAAUUUAUUGUUUCUGGAUUUAUAGAAACCACGAAAGGAUGAUCAUUCUCCCACAAGAGCGCUCAGAGCUACAAUACGCAAACAAAACCCAGCCAUCUGUGGAGAUCAUUGUCAUCCACUGUCAGUAAUCCUUUCUGCUGUUCUCCUUCAACCCUACAGCUACACAAAGUGGAGCUUUAGAAAGACUCACGUGUUGUCGAUUUAUGUAAUUUCCAUUUAGUAUUUUGAGCUAUAAUUGGAGUCAAAAUUAGUUCCUAACCUUUGAGUCUCUCUAUGUUCUUUGGACUAUAAAUGCAAGGUGGCCUUCUGAGGGGUGGCUGGGUAUACUUGUGGGUGCCUCGUCCAGAGCAGGAAGUACAGUAAGCGCCAUGAUAUGCAGGCUCACUUUCUUUGCUUUUAGUUACAUGAAGUCAAUCAUGGUCUGCACAGAGAAUGAAAAAUUCCGGAAGUGAAGAACGCCUGAGUUUGUCUUGUAUACCUUUCACUCUGAAGAAUGUCAUGAUGUCUCAUGCAUUUCUUCCUUUUCCCUUUAGGGCACUUUCAUUUUUGAUGUGGAGCGGUUUCUUCUGGUUUCAAAUGUUUUCUCCUGAUUUCAAAUACUUUCCCUUGGUAGGAAGCUCCUAAAACUCAGAAAGUUCUGAAGCAAAGCUAGUGAAGACUCAGGAAGUAAACAACCCGGAAGUCUCAGAAGUCCCUGAAACUGAACAGAUUCACAAGACUCCAAAGUUAUGUAAGCAGGACGGACUCCGAUAGGAGAGGUGACUCUUAGCUGUCGGCGUCUUUAACUUGUAUAGAGAACUUUAGAGUCUAGCUUUUCUGAGUGGCACCUUGUUGGGGUGCGCUUUGUUGGUGCAGCUGCCUUUGAGUCAUCCCAGCUCCUGUAAGUACCCCAUACCCGUACUCCUGUAAGUAACCCCAGCAAAACUCAUUGGCGCACCAAGUUGGCCCUUGGUGAACCUUUUUUCUGUUAUUGUUUCCCUAUUUGGGGUGAACAGACAUUUGUUCAUGUUUACCCAGGAAAAAAAUAGAACCCUCGCCUAAUGUGUCGACAGCAUGUAUGCUGGCAAUUUUAUUACAGUAUUAUAAUUUCUAUUUUUCUUUUCUUAAAGUUUAUUUUAUUUUUAUUGUUGUGUAUGUGUGUGCAUGUAUCUAAAAGGGCGAUUUCCUGAAGUCAGUUUCCUUCCACUUUAAAUGGGUCCCAGGACCCUAACUCAGUCAUCGGAUUUGCACGAACUCAGUCAUUAGACUUACAUGGCAACUGCUUUGACCCUCUGAGCUAUCCCUCCAACUGCUAGUUAUUUUUAAUCUUACUGUGUCUGCUCACUAAAUUAAACUUUGUUCAAGGUAGGUGUGUACUGGAAAAAAACAGUAUUUAUAGGGUUCACUACUGUUUAUGAUUUCAGGCAUCCAGGGGGUGGGGUCAUGGAAUGCAUUAGCAUGCCUUAGUCAGAGCUCUGCCUUUGAGUGGUGACUCCAAAUCCAUCAGGGGCUGUUGGGCUUCCAAGAAUGGGUCUUUCUAUCCACCAGAGCCAGUGAGUGGGAGUGUCCUCAGGAAUGUGAUGCCUUCCUUUCUCUGUGUGGUCCUCAGGACUCAGUACCACAUUGUGGUGAGUAGCCUAGCAUGGGACUGUGUGUGUAAGAAAAAGAUUUAAAGAUUUCCUUUUUUUAAAAUUUUAUGUGUGAAUGUUUGCCAUCUGUCUGUGCACCACAGAGGUCAGAAAAGGGCACAGGAUCUCCCAGAACUUAAGGAGUUAACAGAGAGUUGUUAGCUUUCUUGUGAUCCUGAGAACCAGAAUCAGGUCUUCUGCAAGGGCAGCAGGUUCUGUUAACUGCUGAGCCACUCCUGCCGCCCUGCUCAGCUGCUCUCACACAGAAAGGGUCUGUUAUUUGCAUCGCUCAUGAGAAGGGAACACACCACAAGAUGCCCAGGGUGGCAGAGGAAGCACUGGCCUUGCUUGGGAGGAGAACUGAGCAAGGGGAGCGCUUUCUUGGAUUUCCUCAGGAAGGACAGACUGUAUAGGGCAGAGUUAGGGUUGGGGUUAGGGUUAUGAGUAGAUGGUGUAGGGGUUAGGGAUUCGGGAUUAGGGGUUAGGAUUAGGUGGUGUAGGAAAGAGUAAAGGUCAGGGUUAGGCUAGAUGGUUUAGGGGAGAGUUAGGACUGAUCUGGAUAGGUCUGGUAGCUUGGGGACCCUUGGGUGUCCCUAGCUGUCUGGCUGCUGGUGCUUAUCUUCAGAGUUCUAAUGGUAGAGUUCCUGAGUUUGGUCAGGAGAUGGCUUGAAGCAGGGUUCUGGUACCCUGGGAAAGAUCUAUGAGCCAGCCCUUGGCCAUCCCAAAGAUUUGCCAGCCCCUGGAAAGGAUGGUUUCCGUAGUCAGUGGGGUCUUACCUGCCAUGUGUCAAGACUAGAAAAGAGAGUCUGGGAAAACAACCCUGUCAGUAAGUUCCUUGUUGAAGACCCCAGUUCAAGCCACAGUAACCCAUGUUAAAAAAACAAAAACACAACAAUAACAACAACAAAAAGAAAUACCCCCAAAACUAAAAUAAGAAAGCUGAGCAUGGUGGUUCAUUCUUGUAACCACAGUGCUGGAAGGAGAAAAAAGGCAGGUAGAUCCCGGAGCUCUCUGCAUAGUCCAGCCUAGCACAAAUGCCAAGCUCUGGGCCAACAAGAGACUCUAGCGCAAGGGGUGGGGGGCAUCCCUGAGGAUGACACUCCAGGUUGUUUUCUGGCUUCUACACGUGUACUUUCUUUUUUAUUAUUUUAAGGAUUUAUUUAUUUAUUAUUUACACAUCAUUCUGCCUGUGCACCAGGUCUCACAUAGAUGGUUGUGAGACACCGUGUGGUCGCUGGGAAUCGAUCUCAGGACCUUUGGAAGAGCAACCAGUGUUCUUAACCUCUGAGCUAUCUCUCCAGCCCAAACACAUGUACUUUCAAAACAUGAACAUAUCUCUCUCUCUCUCUCUCUCUCUCUCUCUCUCUCUCUCUGUCUCUCACACACACACACACACACACACACACACACACACACACACACGUACGGAAGCCAUGUUUUCUGUUCCUACUGAGAGGAUAGCUGUCUCCAAGAUCCUGUUGGUGGCUCAUCUGCCCGUGUGUCCAUCAUCAUUAAAUUCUGCCCUUGUGCCUCAGGAUCCUCCCCAAACGGUCCAGGAAGUGGCUUCAGUGGGAGAGGUUUCUGCUCCGACAAACUCUCCUGAUCACACUGUUGUUAGUUAUGAGAUAGUCUUUGAAGUCCUCUAAUGCGUCUCGUGUUUCUCUAAGAUAAAAACAUUCAUUCAUUCAUUCACUCACUCAUUCAUUCAUUGUCUUGCUCAUUUCUUCAGUCCUUUGCCAUAGCUUUGUUUGCCAAUUAAAAAUUCAUUUAAAUAAUGGCAAAUUUUCUUAUCUUGGAAGGUUCCGGAAUGCAUCGUCAAGGGUUUGCUCACUGUCGUUGCUGUACUGUGUAACUGACAGGUAUUCACCACACCACAUCUGGCUACUUCAUUCACAUUUAGAGAAGUUAAACUAAAUUACAGAGUGAGUGUCUCAUUCGUAGCAGCCGUGCGUGGAGCUUGAUGGCCAUGCACAUUUGGAGGGCCCCUCACUUGCAGGGGCAAGGUGUCUCCGUUGUCACCACCUUCUUGUGGGAAGCCCCUCUUCGUGGCUUUGCCCCCCAUUUCAGCCACCUGUGGACAUGUGGGCUUUUUCAUGUGCACUGGUAUUUUGCCUGCAUGUAAGAGUGUCAGAUCCUCUGGAACUGGAGUUACAGACAGUUGUGAGCUGUUAUAUGGCCGCUGGGAAUUGAACCUCUGUCCUUUGGAAGAACAGCCAGUGCUCUUAACUGCUCAUCCAUCUCUCCAGCCCUGUUCACAGUGGUUUUGAUUUGCAUUUUCCUGGUAAUUAGUGCUGUGCACGUCUUCUCGUGUGACUGUAUACAUUUUUGUUGUCUGUUGCAGUUAUGGGGUUUGAUCUCUGGGCCUAGUACAUGCCACAGCCAUGCAUUCUACCCACUGAGCCCCAGCCCCAGGCACCAGCCCUCUGUCUUUUCCCUGAGGAAUGGUUGUCCCAGACCUUUACCCAGUUUUCACCUGAGUGACUUAUCUAUCUAUUGUUCUUAUGGAGAGAGUUUCAAUUACUUAAAAAAAAAGGUCUCACGUUAGAAGAUUUAGCAUCAUUCAACAUUUGAAUUUGAAUUCAAAAUUUGAGGCUGGUAGGGCGAUACAGGGAGGCUUAGACCCCCUUCUGUAUCGAAGCUGGUUUGGUGGUAUAACGAGUAGCAGGCUGAUGCAAUAAGAGGAAACUGAGGCAGGAUUGGGUAGGAGACAUGGUAACAGUGUUUCACAUUGAUUUUCUGCCCCCUUAAAGCUGCUCCCCAAGUGAAAUGCAUUGUUGAAGAUCAUGUUUGUGUGAAAUGUGUGAUUCAACUUUUCCACUGCUGGGCUCUUAUUUUAAUAACAGCUUUCUGUGAUUCACAUGCCAGAAAACAGCACUUUAAGGAACACAACCCAAACCAGUGUUCUUUGGUGUGUUCACCAUCCUAAAACUGACACCAUAAUCAAUUUUAGAAUGUUGUCAUUGCCCCCUAAAGAAACCUUGUACCCAUUACAGUCAUAGCUUUCCCAGGGCUCUGCAGCUGUGUGUGCUUUGGGCUCUGCGAGCUCAUUUUUUCUGAUAUUUCAUAUAAAUAGAAUCAUUUCCAUAUGUGGCUUUUUGUGGUUGAUUUCUUUCAUGCAAUACAGUGUUUGCAAGGUUCAUUCAUGUCCUGUAAGUGUCGGCACUUUGUUCCUUUCAGAAGUAAGACCAUUUUUUAUUUUAGAAUAGUUUUAAGCUCACAGAAGUAUAAAGUCAGGGCUGAGAUGGCUUAGUUAGUCAGACACAAAGACCCGAGUUCGACUCCUAGAACCCAUGCAAGAAUGUAGAUCUUGGUAGUAUACACUUGCAGUCCCAAGACUGGGUAGGUGGAGUCUGGUGGAUUGCUGGAUUUCGCUGGCCAGAGAGUGUAGCUAAAUUGUCCAGUUUUGGUCCAGUGAAAGACCCCAUGUCAAAAGGGGAGGGGCUGGGCUUGAUGUGGAAUUUUAAAACUCAAGCCCACCCCCUUUGUGACCUCCUCCAACAAGGUCACACCUCUUCCAAUGAGGCCACACCUCCUAAUCCUUCCUAAGCAGUUCCACUCCCUGGUCACAAAACAUCCAAGUAUGCGAGCUUAUGGAAGCCAUUCUCACUCAAACCACUACCGACGGGGGUUUCCCAUUGCUGUCCUCAGUACGUCACACCAUGAGUGCCUGCUGUGGAGGACGCGGCAUUGCAAUUAUCCAAGCUCAUCACCUGUGUUUCUUUUUGAUGAUGGAACAAUCUUCUGUUGUGUGACCAGACCGUAGUUCAUCUACGGUCUGAUGCGUUGAUGGGCAUCUGGGCUGCUUCUGCUUGGCUGUCAGGGACACUGCCCUGAUGAAUGUCACCUCCAUCUUUUGCAGCUUGUUUGUUGUCAUUUUGUGUAUAUGACUUGUGGGAACUUCAUGCUUAAUAUUUUAAGGGAAUUGCCAGGCUUUGCCAUCAUGGCUGAAGGAAGAUAUUCCCCACUCAAACAGUGACUCCCACUAACAUGAGGGUUCCAUUCCAGUUUCUUUAUUUUUUGAAGUAUUUUUAGUUAGUUAGUGUGUUUGUGUGUGUGUGUAGUGGUACCUUUACCCCCUGAGUUACCUUACAGGUUUAUUUUAGCUUCUCCGAAGACACUAAUACUGUUUUGUUGUCUUUUUGAUUCUGUUGUUGUUGAAGGGUUACCAGUCUGCUCCGAAGAUGACCUCCUUACACUUUCUAUGAAUUAUAUGAGUCCUAGGGCUGCUUCCAUGAUGCUGGUGGAAAGGCAGCCGACCCUCACUGCCGACCCCAGACAGAAACAGCAGUGGGAAGUGUGGGUCCUUCAAGGGAAUGUCCCUAUCGACCUAGAUUUUCUCACCUGACCUGUCCCUGGUCGGUGUCACAUCUCAUAGAACCAACGUUGGUGGCCAAACUUGGGACCUUCAGUGUGUCCUUGGCUUGGAGGUAACUCAUUAUUUCCUCUUCCAUCAUGUAGUCCCUGUCUUUUCAGUGUGUAAGGCUGUGGCCCAUGGGGCCAUUCCUGGAGAGGACACCUGGUCCUCUCUGCCCUUUGAGUAUUGCAUGUGUCCUCAGCCUCAAGCUGUCCACGAACUGUGCUCUCCUUCCAGACAUCAGCCUUUCUACGAGGGGUGGGGAGGGCGGCGGCAUUGUUGCCCUGAAAAUAGUUUCUUUACCCUCGUGUUUAUUGUGGUUUAUUUUUCCUCAGUUGAUUUGUAGCUGACCUUGGCAGAUUGGUUUAGAUGGAAGACAUGUUAAUAACAGGAUAAAGGGGACGUGACAGUAGGCGAGAUGGAGCAGACACUGAAACCCUUGAAGGGGGAGUUGGAAAUCUGUACCAGACCCAUGAUGGCUGAGCUGUGGAAUUGCUGUCCAGCUGUUGAAGGGAGUGGGAAGAAUGCAGAAGGGUCAUGGAGAAAUAAAUGACCUUCCAUGAAUGGAAGGUGAUGGGAAACAGUACCACAUGAGUAAACACUGGGGAUUAACUUUGGAGCCACUGUGAGGGGGUAAAGCUGGAGAGCUAGGAAGAAAAGCUGAGUCUGACUCAUCGCUUACCCUGGUCUUAUGCUGGUUUCCACACGGCAUAUGGGAAAUCUUGAGCAUUUUGGAAGCCUGCUCUUUUUAAGGAUUUGCAAAGGAUCUUGUUUUUCUUCUUCACUGGCUUCUUGGGAGACAGCGGUAGGUAGUUUAUCCUCACUUACAAGGCUGCACACUCUCAAGGAGUUCCUGCCAAAUCCCGUUUCCUAGUUACAAAAUAGAAGUCCCUUUCAGAAAUCCCAAUGUUAGGACAUGGAUGAGGGCUCUGAACACAGCCCCACCCCCCACACGGAUCAGUGUUUGGAAACUGGAUGUCUGCAUGACCGCAGUGGGGAAUUAAACGGCCAUCAUGGAAGCAGAUGGAAUUGGCUGGUUGAUGCUUACAGAUUCUUGGGACUUUUUGAUUCUGAUAGAAAGGUGUCUGAAGUUCUGUGGGUGUUGGCAGUUGGUGUGGAGGAGGAGACCUAAGGGAAGUGGGUAGGUGGGACCUAGGGUCUUCCUCAGGCUUACACCCCAGUUAAACCUUGAAGUGGGUGCCAAGACAGUUAGGGCCUCAUUUCAUUGCCUAUAAUAUUUUUAUUGACAUUAUGAUUGCUUUUUAUCGUAUAUGUAUAUAGUGUCAUAUCAUAUAUAUGUAUAUGUAUAUAAUAUAUACAUAUUAUCAUAUCUGUAUAUAGUGUGUCCAUAGUCACCCUCUUUGCCCUUUUGUUCCCUCUUGGCCUCUACUCUUUUCUCAAAUAGUCACCCUUCUACAUUCACUUUAUAUACAUAUUUAUUAUACAUAUUGUAUAUAUAAUGAUAUAACCUAGAUUCCACAUAUAAGAGAAAAUAUGCUAUAUUUGUCUUUUUCUGAGAUAGCUCUCCCUACCCUGCGUAGCUUUGGUUGACCUGGAACUAUAUUAUCUAAUCUAGACUGAUCUUGAACUCACCAAGAUCCUCCUGCCUCUGCUACCAAAGGUGAGCCCUGAGAUUGGUGGCUUUUGGCCCCACACUUGGCUGUUUGUCUCUUUAUUGCAUGUUUUUUUUUUUAAUUUCUUUAUUUUUUUGUUGAUGUUUUGUUUUGUUUUUGCAGUAUUGGGGAGCCAGCCUAGAAAAGUGCUCUACCACCGAGCCACAUCCCAGCCCCUAAUGCAGGGGUUUGGACUCCUGGCAAGAACAUGGAAAAAUUCCCGGGGCCAAAACGAUUAGCGGCUGAGGAAACAAAUUUCCAUGAUUAGAUCGGGCCAGCCCUGGCCUGGAGCCGCAGCCACCCUCCCUCUGUUCUUGUUGCACUUCUGAAUGCAGCCAAGUGGUGACUUCAUAUUGAUCCCAGGAACGGCUGGCUUCCUGAAGGCCUUUUCAAGAUGCUCACAGAUGCUGUAGUAGAAUUAAAAAAGAAGUGCUAAGAUUUAUCCAACACUCAGUUCUGACCCUGUGGGAAGUGAGGCAGGCAGGCAGUUCUGUGCACAUUCCUUCCUUCUCCAUGGGGGAAAUCGAGAUGUCCUGAACUCUGAAGGCUGCUAGAGAAGGGGCAGAUUCCUUCUGUCUCCUGCACACCAGGAGUUUUUGGGGGCUCUAUUUAGUAGUCACAGUCCUCAGCUCUCUUUCCUGCCCCUGUGUGAGGCACAGACUGCUGCACCUUGGGUUCUACCUUCUCUGUCACAUGGGUGAUGUUUCAAAGUGAAGUGUCCCCCCUAGGCACAUGAGUUUGAACCCUUGGUUCCUAGCUGGUCCUGUUUAGGAAAGUUAUGGGACCUUUCUGAGUCUUGACAGAUGAAGAACUUUACUGAGAGUUCCAACUCAGGUCCUCACUCUUAGGCUGUAACACUUUACCCAUGAACCAUUUCCUCAGCCCUCCGCUGGAAGUUUGAAAUGCAUCCUGGGAAGCAGAGUCCACGCCCUGGGAGCUAACUUGGCAGUGUGUUUGCCUCAUGCCCAUUCCAAGCUGGCUCCUCCUGCAGUGUGGUUAUUAGAGGCAGGCCUUGAGCACUGUGGUUCUUACUUUUGGCUACCAAGUAGAGAUGUGGCUUUACUUUUGAUCAUCAGGGCAUCGCGAGGCAUUCAUUGUCAGCUCUCAUCUCUAUGGCUCCUGUGUCUAGAAGGCAUCUCUUUCUCCCAUUGCUCAGGCUUGUUUUGCUGGGUACAGGCUCUUUGGUAUGAUGUAGGUUAUAAUUGUCUGUGUGUUUAAUGUCGAUCUCAGAUGAAUCCCUGCAUCUGAGGCCCCCACGUUCCAGAGGUUUGGAGGAAGUCUUGCGUAUGUGGAAUAGACAGAUCUGCCCAGAUGGCCUCCAGUCAUGUCACAGAUCCCUUUUCUGCCCUGAACUGUACGGUGUUGGUUCUGCUGCCACACCACUGCCAGAGCCAGACACUGACAUUUUAUGUUUCUUUUCUGAUAUAUCGACAGCCAAAAAUAAUAGGCAUGACUGUACCUAAAAUGAGAACAGAUGAUUUGUCAAAAAAGCAAAAUAUUUCCUUCCUUUUGAAGGAAAUGCAGAUUCCCAGGGGAUUAAAAUCCAUAGAUGGAAUGGAGGCAAAGCCCAAUCUUUCCUGCGGGGAAGCAUGGGAACUUCGGCAGUCUCACCUUUCAUUCCUGGCCUUCCAGUUACAGGUAAUAGGUGCUUCUAAUGGGAAGAGGAGUUGCUGGACUCUGUCUCUCUCUGUCUCUGUCUCUGUCUCUGUCUCUGUCUCUGUCUCUGUCUCUGUCUCUCUCUCUCUGUGUGUAGGCCAGAGAUCAGCAUGGGGUGUUGUUCUUCAGGAUCAGUCCACCUUGAUUUUUGAGACAUGACCUCUCCCUGGGACCUGGAAUGUGCCGAUUAUGCUUGGCUGGCUAGUGAGCGUGAAGAAAUAUACUUGUCUGUGCCUCUCCAUCCCUGGGAUGACAAGUGCAGGCUUUUGUGGGUUCUGGGGGUUGAACACAGGUCCUCAUGCUUGUGUGGGCAGCGCUUUCUUGACUGAUCCAGCCUGUCAGUCCUUGUUUGGCUUUUUAAAAAGUAGCAACUGAACGGUUUGCAGGUGUGUAUGCCACUCUUUACAUCUGAUGAAACUUCGUUCACCCGUUGGGUCCACAUCUUUUGAAGCGUUUUUGAGGAUGUAGCUGUGUAGAGGGAGUUCAGAGCGAGCAUCCUUGCGUCAGGGUGCACACAUCCUGCUCUCAUUAACCUGGCCUCCCGAAUUACAUGCUGACUCUGCAAUUCCUAGACAGAUCGCUUCUCCUACAGAGGAGGAAAGUAAUUAGGAAGCAAUUUUAAUUUUCUCAUCACAGAGAAAUUCUAUAGGUUGUUUUUGGCAAAGCAGAGGGUUUCGUUAGGCCCAGUGGACUCUGGUGCUCUAUAAAUCCAAGAGGUUUGGGGUCACUGUGGUUUAUUCUUAAAUUCCUCCUGCUGGUGUGAUGCUGACAACAGCCGGAUCCUCCGUGAUGGACUAAUUUGGGCUGAUAUGGAAGGUAGGCCUGUCCAGGCUUUUUAACUGUCCAAAGUGUAGGUUUUAUAGGUUUUCUUAAUGAAGUUAUAAGGUGUUUACAUUUCAAGGAAUUUGAGUCACUUUUCUUAAUUGGCACUCUCCAUUUGAGAUCUCAGUGCUGUUUCUUUUGGCUCUGUUGAGUGUUUUAAAAUCUCAGUGGAGCUCCUUUUAGGUAAUCUCUUAACUAUGCCAUUAAUUUUAUUUGUUAUUAAUAUCAGUUUUGAAAUUGCGGAGGUAAGAUGCUGAGUUUAUUUUAAACAUUUUUCUUCGGAGCCAAUAUUACUAGUCUCCAUGGUGACGUUGGACACCCUGUAAACAUCUUGUGUAAACAUCCCCUCUCUUGGAGUGAGUGCUGCUGCAGGCUUGCUUUGUGGGACUGUCAUUGGGCACCAAGCAAGGUAAUAGUCAUGAAACUCUUAGGGUGAGUGCUUGGCUAAGAGAGUGAGUGAGACAGGUGCGUGUUAAGAUAACUUCUUGAAGGCUGCUUGUGUUCCUUGUUCAGAGUCAUUAAAAGGUUAUAAUUUUCUUAUUACGCUUUCAAAGGUCGUCUGCAUUUAUAGUUAUAUCUCCCCACCGGUGCUAGAAGUUGGACCUGAGACCUCACACAUACUAGUCUAGAACUAUUGUGCUAUACCCCAAGCCCUAGGAGAUGCUUUCAGUGAUUUUUUUUUUUGGUACAGUUUACCACUGAAGAAGGUACAGAAUAUGCCUCCAGGUACCUCAAGGGUUGCAUCUAUAAAAGCUAACUUGUAUACUCAAGCUACUGUGUAGUGGCCCUGUGCUCUGACUGUCCCCCAUCAAAAGCUCAGAUUAAUAUAUAUAUUUUUAAAAAGAUAUACUUUGUUUGCAAGUGCCAACAGGGGCCAGAGGAGGGCAUAGAAUUCUCUGGAGCUGGAGUCAGAGGCAGUGGUGAGAACCAAGAUGGGUGCUAGGGAUCGAACUCUGGUCCUCUAGAAGAGCAUCAAGGCUCUUAACUGCUGAGCCCUGUCUCCAGCCUUUAUUAUUAAAAUUAAGACCCUUGUGAGUCUCAGAAGUGGAAGCCUCAUUUGUGGUGUUUGGAGUCUUGGGCAGGUAAUUAAGGUUAACUGAGGCCGUAAGGGCGGGCCUAAUCUAGUGAGGCUGUGGCUACAGAGAAAGGAGAAAGCCCUGAGCUGUGAUGUUCAUUCUGUCUCCACUACGUAGAUGGGCCUCAUCAAACGCAGCUGCUUGGUUUUUGGAUAAACCCCUUUUUCUUAUUACUUGCCCAGUCUGUAGCUUCAGCUACAGCAACCGAAGACAUACUCACCUUGAGACCCAAGACCCCGACUGGGGACCUGUUUCCACUCGCCUCCCCUAGCCGACCCAGGCAUGUCACGGGUGCCUCAGGACUAAUUUUGGAUCUAUGCUGUGUCUUAUCUCCCUUUGCCCCGGGGAUUUUACAUUGUGACGUUGAUGGAGACAGUUCUAUUGUAGCUAGUUGGUGACAAGCCCCGGUGGCGGCCUGAAGCUCAGGCUGAGUGAUUUGGCCCCUUCCCAGUUUCCCCAACAGCAGCACAUGUAGAUGGCUGGCCCAUCCGGGUACACCCUGAGCCUUGGAGCGGUUCAUCUGGGUUCCUCGUGGCAGCCUGAAAAGCCAGUACAAGCAGGAGGCUCACAGCUCAUUAACUGUUUUCAGGGUCAUUUAGACUAGAAAUGCUACCUCGCCGUGCCCUGAGAAAGUGGCUUGUGUUUAAGGAAUGGGUCACGGAGAGAUCUCGGAAUGUUGGGAAGGUGGCUCUGCCCUGCUUGAGGUCUUCCCGCAGGGCUGCUUGGGCAUGCAUCUCUCAGAAAGGCACUUGGCCCGUUCAUCUCCACUGUUUUUCCGUCUGUUCGUUGUGCAGAGUUAGACUUUCCAGUAGAGGUGGCUUGAAAAUGACUGGCAAAUGCCGUUGCCUCCAGGGCCACCUGGACUGCGCCAUUUGCUGAUGUGAGGAGGGGGCUGUUGGUCUGGGGGAGCAACUGCACCCGUUGAGGGGCAGCGGUGUUUGGCUUGGAGGAAAUGGCUUCUUGCUUAACAAACAGAGGCUCACUUUGUAGACCUCAUGCGUGGUUAUAUUCAGGCCCUCCUCCAAGCUAUCUCCCUUGACCAAAAGCAACAACCACGAGAUGCUCCAGUGGGGGUUGUUGCUUAAAGGAGGCAGAGCUUCAGUUUGCGAGCUGUAGAGGGUAACAGCAGGAUGGCGGUGACGGUUGGGUCGCAGGGCACAGAGUGUCCUUAAUGCCCUGGAGCCAUACCUGGUGGGCACCUCAGGGAAAGUACAGGUGUUCUGUUUGGGGGUGGGGGCGGGGCUAGAACACCAUGGGUGUGCCCCAUGCGUGUUAGGCUGGCCCUCCUCUCCCCGGCUUUACCCCCAGCUCUAGGUUAGGGGACUUCCAGACUAGAACCAGGCCAUGUGAUACUGCUUUGUACUUUUCAAACUUUCAGUGCUAAGAAACAAAACAAAACCCGUGCUUACCUUCCGUCCUUUCCAAAUAGCACUUAAAAAAUACAAUAAAGGGAUUCAUAGCGAGAUAGAGAUAAAAGGAGAAUAGAAAAUCUAUUUAGCUCAUGCAAGAUGACUGGCCGUAACCGAAGGGCAAAAAAAAACCUCUUGAAACGGAUGAGUCACAGCAGCAUUUGUGAGCUCUGUAGUGAGAGACGUGGUUGGUUGUGCUAGAAGAGAUGGCUCCUGAGGUGCCAGGGGCUUGAUGGGCCUCCUGGGCCCCUCUACAAGACCCCUCCUUGAAGCUGAACUGUCCCCAUAAGUGACAGAACCCUUGUGAGCCUUUUAAUCAUGCCUGAGAGAAGGCUGCAUGCCAUCUCCUGGGCUUCUUCCACCCAAAGGGCUCUCUGCAGGAGCUCAGAUAGGUCAAGGCUAUAGACACCUCAACUCCACACCUGGGAAAGAGAGAGCUAGAGAAAGACUCAGUUUUGUGGGCACUUGUGGGCUGCCUCAGUAUACCCCAGAAUGGCCUCACUGUCUUGGGGUGCACUCCUCCACUACCUCCUGGGGCUGGGAGGUCACGGGGCACUCCAACCCAUCCUGGUGUGCGCUGUGGUUCAAGUCCUGUUUUGGGUUUAGUGUUGUUUCGCCUGCUCAGCAAUCAGCACUACCCUCCCUCUUCAAAUAGCAGCGUACCCUUUCUUCAUUAAUAAUAGUUUCCUAGAACCAGCAAUUCCAGGAUGGUCAUACGCUACUCUGUAAUUUUCUGUAUUUCCUUUGAUACAGAAUCUUCUUGGAGGAUCUGGGAUAUUCCAGAAAAGUACCACUCAGUUCAAAAGAAAAAAAAAAAAAAAAGGAAAAAAUAAAGCAUGCUGGUCUGCCGCCUGUCUUUUCUCUUGGAUGUUUGCCUCAGUUUCUUCAAUUCUCUUUUUUUUUUUCUUUUCAACUCUAUGAUGGUUUCCCCUAACCACCUACCAUUUAGAGGAAAAACCACGUGGAAAAAGGAUUCAGAAAAAGCUGACUGUAAAGUCUGUGUGUCGUGUUGGUAUGUGUUAUGUGAUAUACAAGGAGUUUGUAUGUUGUUUAUACAUGUGUGCUCUGUUCGGCGUGUUGAGUGUGCUGUAUGGUGUUCAUGGGACACCAUCCCUGUGUGCUGUGGCAUCUGUGUGUUGUGCAGUGUGAAUGGUGUGUAGUUACAGCGUGUAGAGCGUGUAUACACCACGGUAAGGAACUCCUGCUGGGGCCCAGGCAGACUGAAUGGAAGGCACCCAGUGACCUUCAGUUUCCUUUUCUUCGUUUGGAGACAUUCUGCCUCACUGAUUUUGCUCUGAAGGCCCUACUACCCAGGGUGGCGUCAGCCGUGAGACCCUUAAGGGCUAGAGGAGCAAUGUGAGGAAUCAGAGCCAUGAAGGGUCCCGAUGUGCUACCUCAGGUGGGUGGUAUUCAGCUGGCCUGCCCAUCUGUCCAGUGAGGUUUAGGGUGAGCAUGGAGUUGGAGCUCUAGCCCCUGGGCUGGGUCACAUGCCUGUAUCAGAAGCCCCAAUGGGAGGUAGAAAGGGUGGUCUUCAGGAUUCAGCUUUUGGCCCAGGAACUUCAAGAGAGAGACCAGAAGCUGCCACAACUUUUCUAGGCCUGUGCUUCUUUGUGACCUGAGCCCCUGCCUGGGACACAUAGGCUGCUGCCUCUGAGAGGAAUGUGCUGUCCUGGGGUACUUGUCCCCGGGUCAGGUGGGAUACAGUGUCUGGGAGGGGGCGUGUGAGGUUUUGAUCUGAGGUCUGUGUUAUCCCUGCUGCCAAAUCUAUGAGUCUGGAUGCCAAGAAUGAUGCUACAGGGCACAGUAGGUGGUGAUUUUUUCACCCCUCCUGACAGGGUUCACAUUUGGGGAGGUAAUGUUCAUUGACUAUCUGAAAUCUCUCUGUUAGAAUGUGGGAUAUGGGACUGGCAAGAUAGCGCAGUCAGUAAAGAGGACCUGGGUUCAAUUCCCAGAGAACCUAUGUAAAGAAGUGCUGGGCAGUUAAGCCAUAGUGCUAGGGGUGGGGUGGGGGAGCAGGAGCAGUGAAUUCCUGGGGCUCAAAGGCCUAGCUGGACAAGGCCCAGGUCAACGAGAACCCUGUCUCAAGACAAAAAGACAAAAAGAGAAAUGAUUCACCCAAGGUUUCCUCUGGCCCGCUCAUGCAUACAUGUGUGUCCACAAACACACAAAGUAAAAUACAACCAUCUCAUCUGCCGACUGGCCCUGCUUAAGACUCAGCUUUUGUGCUCAAGAGCACAGCAGUGUCCAUUUAACAACAUGAGGCAAACAUGGCCACUUUAUUACUGUGUGCUUCGGGAGACCCUAGGCUGAGGUAUUUUUAUGAGCUCCUAGCAAGCCUGUUCUAGAAGCUCACUGUGCUGGCUUUCAAAAUUCCUCUUUGUUUGUGAGUUGCUUGAAGGUUCUCCGGAAGUCCUGGGAUGUUGAGAAUGUGGGCAGAGCUGUGGAAUGAGCCCACGUGUUGGGUUUAGGAGAAAUUUUUUUCUUAUUACCUUUACAGAAGUUAUGUAGGUUAGAAUAGUUUAAUAAGUGUCUCCCUUUUAAAUACUCAGGGGAGAAAUUUAGGGACGCAGGAACUGGGCCUCAUUUGGGAAGAAAAUUACGGCAUAAUGAAUUGGCACAGGCUACCCAGAGAGUGCCUGUGGUUAAGGAGUGGGGGUUGGUAUUUGAAGUGAGUGGGUGAGCAUGCGCUGUGAGAGGACCUGUAAGCAACUGUGGUCCUGGGCUUGCUGAGGCAGGAAGGCCAGGUAGUGGGUGUCUGAGGCUACUGAGUCAGUCUCUGUCUGUCUCUCUCCCUUUCCCCUCCUCUUUCUUUAGUCCUCCCCUCCCUUUCCCUCUGGCCCCUUCCUUUAUCCCUCUCCUUCCCUCCUCCCCCCUCUGCUUCUCUCUUUCCUCCCUUUCCCUUUUUGCCCCUUGUUCCCCCUCUUCCCUUACUCUCUACCCUUGUCCGUCCUUCUUCACCUCCCUGUUUGCUGAGAUUAAGGCGUGUGUCAGCACCCUCUUAGCCCUCUUAAAGUGGCAGUUCUAACUUUCUGUGUACUCAAGGAUUAGAGAUUUCUUUUUUCUUUUCUUGGAGUAUAUGGGGGUUUUUCCAUAUGUUGUCUUCUCAUCAUAAAAUGCACAUGACAUAACAUCUACCAUCUUGUACACUUUUCAUUGUCCUUCCCGUGGGAUUCAAUGUCCUCCCAUCCCUGGGUGUCAGUGCCUGUCUCCAGAAUGCCUCACAGCUGAAGCAGAAAUUCUGUCCCCGGGAAGUGCCAAUUCUCUGUUUGCUACCCUCAGCUCCCAGCAACCACUGUUUCCCUCUGUGUCAGUGAACUUCAUUAUGACAGGGACGGCAAGAGAGAAGCGGGUGAAUCACGUGGUCCUUGUUCUCCCCACCCUUGUGUCCAUGUUGUAGCGUGUCCCAGAAUUCCAUUCCUGAGUCUAUGGCUUUAGUAUCUUUCUGUGCCGAGGAUGGAGCCCUGAGCUUACUAUGGGAGGCAGGCUGUCCACCAUUGGUUUCCAAGGGUCAUUUGUCUCUGUGGUAGAGAUUAAAGGCCUGAUCAGGUUCAUUUCAGAUAUUGUCAGCAACGCUCUUACUGCCUUUUUGUUUUGUUUGUUUGUUUUUUGAGACAGGGCUUCUCUACACAACUCUGUCAGUCCUGGAACUCACCAUGUAGACCAGGCUGACCUUGAAUUCACAGAGAUCCACCUGCCUUAGCUUCUUGAGUGUUGGGCUUAAAGGUGUGUACCACCAUGGCUGGCCAUCUUUUAUUGGUUUUGAAAUAAUCUUUAUUAUUUAUUUUAGUGUUUGAGCUGUGUGUGUGUGCAUGUGGGGAUCAGAGGAUCACAGUUCUCUCCUUCCAGGGUGUGGGUCCUCGGUGCUGAACUCCAGUUGUCAAGGUUAGUGGCAGUAACUUCAUCAUCUGAGCUGCUGGCCUUCUUCACCUUGACUGAUCUUGCAGAUUUGUCGUUUAUUGCCUCUUAAGGGAAUGGCUUGAGUCCUUUGUGUGGCUGUGUGAGCAACAGGAGUGUUCACAUGUUGGUGAGCACUGCUCACAGGGUGCAUUUGGGGGCGGUCACACAGUCUUGUCUGUUCCUUCCUUCCGUCUGAGGCAGUCUCUUCUUUUUCCAUGAGCAGCUGUGAGCCCGCAGGGAGUCUCCCAUGCCCGCCUCUCUCCUCGCUGGGAGAGUUAGGAUACAGAGGAGAGCCACCGCACACCUCUGCGUGGGCUGUUGGGGGCUGAAGUCAGGUCCUCCUGCUUUGGAGAACUGUCAGGCUCUGUGCGCCAUCUCCCCAGGCCUCUUCAUUUUUGUUUUCAGUGCUGUAGAUUGAACUAGGGGUCUAACGCCUGCUAGGCAAGCAGUCCAGCCCUGAACUGUGCGCCCAGUGCUACUUUUUAAAUACUAUGUUUAUAUGUUUAUACUAUACUAUUUUUAUACUAUUAUACCUUUUUUUGUGGAAGUAUGAGGGAUUGAACCCAGUGCACAAGCUCCGCCACUGAGCUCUCUUAUUUACUGUCUCACUUGAGACAUAAGGAAAGUCGGAAGCUCCCACAAUGGUGGUCGUGGGAACUGUAAAUGAGAUGCCCUGCCUUUUCUAUCAUAGAGUUAAAGGAGACAAAGGGCGCUCCAUCUCUGGAGAAGUUCUAGCUUGCUCUUUUUUACUGUGACCCAAACCAACUCAGGGGUGAAGAGGGUUUGUUAGAUCUCACAGGCCACAGUCUGUCAGUGAGUGACAGCAGGGCAGGAGCUCAAGGCAGAAGCUGAGGCAGGCACUGAAGCAGUGGCUGCCGAGCAGUGAGUGGUGCUUACUGCCUUUCUCCUCAUAGCUUGGUCAGCUAGUUUUCUGACUCAGCCCAGGCUAUUGCCUAGGGCGGGCACUGCCUGCCGUGGCUAAGAAAACACCUCACAGACAUGGCCACAAGUCAGUCUCAUCCAGGCAAUUGCUCAGUAGAGGCGCCUUCUUGCUAGUGACUCUAGGUACGUGUCAGACGGAUAGCCAUCAAUCAUCUCAGCAAGCUUUCCUCCCCCAGUCGGCAGUAUUCUAAGAUCAAAGUGUUUGCUCAAGGUUGCAUCCGCUUUGCCUGUCGGCUUCGUUGCCAUGACCUCCGAGCUAGGGAAAAGAGGUUGAUUUUGGUAUAUGGUUCAAGAAACGCCGAUCAUGAUGGCCCGGGAGGCACGGCAGCAGGAAUGGGACAUGAUGGCCUGGGAGGCACGGCAGCAGGAGUGGGAAGCUAUGAGGUUCCAUCUUGAGGCACAAACGGAGUACAGAGAGUGAACUGGAAACUGGGUGAGGUUAUAAAUCCUCAGAGUCCACACCCAGUGAUGUGCUUCCUCCCAAAGGCUGCACCUCCCAAAGGUCUCAUCACCUCCCCGGUCAGUCCCAACAGCCGUGGAUCAAAUGUUCAGAUAUGUGGCCUGUGGGAGACACUUCCCACUGAAACCACCACCAGGCCCCUUGGCUUUAGGAAUAAAAAACACCUCGGGACUGUCCUGCACACACAGGCCUGCUUGUGCACCCGUCUGCAGAAGGCAACACUUUUGCUUUCCUGGGAUAUCUUGGAUUUGUAGUCAUUUUUCCUGAGACCCCAGAACCAUUCCAAACAGUGGGCUGUGCCCCAGUGAAGAGCAUGGAUUCUGAGAAGUGGCAGGUAAGGUGGCCCUGGGGGAGUCUGUGGCCUGGUCACCUGGCAGAGGCCUAAGAUACACAAGACCCAAGUGUUGUGUGGGAGCUGGUUCUAGCAUUUUGGAUUGGGUUUUCCUGGAGGCAGAGAAAGGCAGGGACCUUUGCAGAGUGUGGGGAGUCACCCUCCCAGUGAGCACUCUGCUCCGGCUUGGAAAUGGGCUCUGUUCUGCCAUGUGGGAAGCAGUUAGGUAAGAAAACACGAGGUUGCCUUUCUAAGCGGUCCCGGCUGCUCUCUCUCCUUCGCAGUGAGGCACUCUGUAGCUUUAUUAUCUGUGGGGUACUCAGGAGCCCCUCAGUUUGUAUCCCAUCACCUCAGGGAAGUUGGAAGGACUCUCAAGCCAUCAGGUUGUGGCCUGUGAGGCUCAGAGAUUAAGAGCGCUGGCUUGUUCUUCCAAAGGUCCUGAGUUCAGUUCCCAGCAACCACUUGGUGGCUCACAGCCAUCUAUAAUGGGAACUGGUGCCCUCUUCGUCCUGUAGGCGUACAUGGAGACAGAACAGUGUAUAAAUAAUAAAUAGAUCUUUAAAAAAAAAAAAGUUUCCAGCAUUUACGCUUUCAGGCUCCGUGGAAGACAGGGAAGCCGUGGAGCUAACCUUGGAAAGGACAGUAAGGUCUCUCUCCAGUUGCAGUGACUUGGGGUGGGGACUGGUGGCAGUGGGUAAGGCAGGCAUUUGGUUUGGUCCCACACAGGACCAUCCUAGUGCCUAUGACUUCCCAAGGGUGUCUGAAACACGGGCACAAGCGACGACACGUGGGUUUGCCUUUGUGAGAGGAAUCGCUUCUGGGCUGUAGUUUAUACUAUAUGUGCAGUUGCGGACUGAGUGAGAGCAGACUGAAAACAAAGAGGUUUCAGCUGUGCCACGCCUGUGCAGCCGCCUCACGUGACUCCUUCGCUGUGUUACAUAGUAGUCAUCUGGAGUGACUUGAACAUAUAUAUAGGAGGCUGUGCACAGACUCAGUAUAAACAAACACUGCGCUGUUUUCCUGGGGAAUCUGAGCAGCUUUGGAGCUCAGUGGCCUCAGUGAGGACCUGCAACUGACCUCUUGGGGGUACGUGUGUGUGUGUGUGUGUGUGUGUGUGUUUAUUUGUCACAGUUGUUACUUUUCUCCUUUUGCCACCUGAAUUUGAUCCCUGAGACAAACAUGGUGGAAAUAGAGAAUUGACCUGGAAGCUGCCCUCUGACCUCUGUACUCACACGCUCACACAAUACAUGAAUAGGUUCAACGGACUAAUAAUAGUAAUAAUAACAAUCACUAUUAGUAUUUUGUACACAGGGCUUCAAUGUAUAGCCCUAGUAUAGACUAGGCUGGCCUAGAACUCAUAGAGGUCCACCUGCCUCUGCCUCCAGAGUGCUGGGAUCAAAGGUGUGCGCCACCACACCCAGCCAAUAAGGUUUAAAGGCAGGGUUUGUUCUGGCUGAGGACUGAAGAUUCAGCAUGUCAUGGUGGGAAAGAUGGCCGCCGGAGCUUGAGGAAGUUCACUUUCUCACCUUCUUUUCCUACGGCCAGGGUUCCGGCCCAUGGGGUGGGGCCUUGCACACGUAGGGUGAGUGUGUCCCCUGGGAUCAGCUAACCUAACCCAGAACACACCUGCUGAGAGGUUUGUUUCCACGUGAUUCUAAAUCCCGUCGGGUUGUCAGUGAAGACAGCCUACCACAGCCACGUGGGUUAUACUGCUCCGUCAGAAUCACAGCUGUGAUUAGGUGUGCAGCCAAGUGAUAGGGUUUGGAAGACUGUUCCUUCAGGUGGAACGUCACCAGAAUGAGAGCAGCCACAGGGAGGAGGGUGGAAAGAGGAGUCCAUGCUCUCCAGUGUCAGCAGGUUCAGACACAUUAAGAUGCAUUUUUAAAUACAGUAGGAGCAGGAUUUGUAGACAGCUGACUAAGCAGUGCCUUUUCUUUUUUUAAUUCCAAAGCUUUGUUUCUUAAUUAAUUGUCCUUUAGUAAUGGAUUUCCUUCUUACAGUCAAAUAUGGGUUCUGAGCUUGGCUGUUUUUUUGUUCUGUUCUGUUUUGUCUAUUUUUUUUUUUUUUUUUUUAGUCAGGGUCUUUCUGUGUAGACCUGUCUGUCCUGGAACUCAUUCUGUAGACCAGGCUGGCCUUGAACUCGGAGAUCUGCUUGCCUCUGCCUCCCGAGUUCUGGGAUUAAAGGUGUGAGACAUUGCUACCUGGCUCCAAUCCUGUUUUUCUAGAUUAGAAGUGUAAAGGCUGUGGCAGUUUUGGGGGCUUUUAUGUCCGUGAUCUGUGGUAGUCUCUGACUUUGAGUCUUCAGCACAGGGCCUUUCCUUCACUUUGCAUUUGGUGACUCUGGCUUCUAGCAUGACUUUCUCACAGGUUCUUUUGAGGUAUAAGCUAUUGCAUAGGUUGGCCUAGAAUUACAGCCUAGGCUGACCUCAGAUUCUUCGGAAUUCUCCUGCCUCAGGCUCCCAAGUGCUGGGAUCCCCAGGUGUGGUUGCCACACACACUUUUUUGUUGCUGUUGUUUAUUUACUGUUUUCAUGUGUGCAUGUUCACAUCUGUGUGUGGUUGCGUGUGUGUGUGUGUAUGUGUGUGUGUGUGUGUGCACAUGCCACAUGUGUGUGUUUAGCAGGAGGAUAUCAGGUGUCUUCCUGUCUCUCUCCCCGUUACUUGUUUGGAUAAGGUUGCGAUGAACCAGAAGCCUGCCAUUUGGGCUGGCUGGCUGUAGGGCUCCGGGCUCUGCCUGUCUUCAUGGCCCCAUGCUGUGUUAAAGGUGUACAUGGCCUUUUAUGUGAGCUCCGGGGAUUUGAACUCAGGUCCUCACCCUUGCGUUCUCUGCCCACUUAGCUGUCUUCGCAGGCCCUUCCUCUGUUUGUUCUCGACAGCUUUUCCAUUCCUGGAUGUUUGCUGCUCUCGAAUUUCCCUUGGAAAUUUGUCAGGACUGAGGACUCGCCCCCUGGUUCCCACAUCUGCAGCGCCGUUUCAUGUCUUCUCAUCUGCAGCGGCCAUGGACGGAUGGCUUUCUCUAGUCCCUUCCAGACCCUCCACCAACCAGUUCUCAGAGGAGAAGGGUUCUGAUAGCCAGGCGGCCACAACCUUCCUUCUCCACAGUGUCUGGCCAGCUCCCCACUGCCUGGGAGGGUGGUUUGCACACAGUGGCUCUGCAGAGCCUGUGCCAUGGAGUCAGAUCUUGGCCUGGGUGCUUUGUGCUCUGUUAGGAGCCGCUUGUCUGUGCUGGCCCCGGGCCUUGCUGCAGAAAAGUGCGUGUGGGGCUCUUUGUGGGACCCCUUAUCUCAGGGGCCACUCCGUCCUGGAGAAAAGGCAGUGGGAUCUUUUGGUCUCUAGGUACUUAGAGAUUAAUGUUUUACCAAAUUAUCAAGGCUGCAUCCACAGGUACAUACUUGUGUAAGCUUAAUUCUUCUUGUCUCAGUUUCCCAGAGAGAGCGGCUACACACGUGCUGCUUGUACGCACUUGUACACAUGCCUGUAUGUCUAAAUGUGUGUGUGCAGUUUGCUGGUUUGUCCAUGCAUGUAUAUGUGUAUAUGCAUGUGGUGCUGAGUGUCUGCUGUGCAGAUGUGUGUGCAUGCAUGCACACAGCACAGGUUUGUUCACUCUCAUGUGAUUUCCUGGCAUAUCUAUAUUUACAAUGUGCAUGCUGUAUGUGGUGUGAAUAUUUAUUUGUGUGCCGAUGUUUGUGUAGUGUUUGUGUGCCUGCGUUUGUGAGUGAGGUUUUUGAUCUGUGUGUAUUUAUGAGUGUGUGCACACAGUCUGUGGUAUGCGGUAUGUGUAUGUGUGUACUGAGGCUUGUGUUGUGAAUGUGCAUGUGUGUUUAUGUGUGGUUUCUUGGCAGCUGUGUGUCGGGGUGAGGGCAAUAUGGAGGGCAGUAUAGAGACAGUUUCCGUACCUGUCCGUGCCUUGCCCAUUUUCCAUGAUGUGGUGGUGGUGGUGGGGUCCUCUGCUGUGUCCUGCAGCUGCCUGCCUGCUCCAGAGCAGACCUGCUUUCCCUGACCUCCUGACAGAGACAUCCCCUUACCUGCGCUCCUGUGACCCCGGGAAACAGGUAGGUGACACCCACAUGGCCUGUGACAUUCACAAGCCUUCCAGGCCCCUCGGUGGAGGAGGAUGGAGGCCAUUCUUCCAGGGUCCCACACGGAGUACACAAUAGGACCCCAAGACCCUGCUGUUGUUGCUCCCCCUCACAUAUUUAAGAAAACUCUGUCCUGGCUUGGCUUUCCAUGCACAGCCACUUAGUUAAUUUGCCCAAUUAAUUCAAGCACGUUACAUCAAGACACAUAUUGCUUUGCCUCUGGGUCUUCCUGCAUCCUUGGCAAGGUCCCCUUGGGCUCUUUUAGAGGUUCAAGGUCAAGGGGACAGACUGGGAUAGACCCUGCCUCUGUUGUUGUCUGUCUUCAGCCUACCUGCUGAAGCGGGGCUACCCUUUUCACUGCUCUCCUGUGCAGAAGCUGCCUCAUAAGUUGCUACAGGAGCACAGGGAAUUAUGGGGUGAAGAGCAGAGUUCAAGGUGCCUGAGGUGUCUCCAGCUGCAGCCAAGGUUCAGGGGUACUUUAGGACCCCGUUUUUACAGAAGGCACGGUGAGACUGUGGGGACUCAGGCACUGUCCGCUGGAGAUUCGAGAGUUUGGGUGUGGGGUGCCAGAUGACCACAUCUAGAGUUUGGCCCUCGAUUUGUCUCCAGGUCUCUUUCUUCUGUUAGGAGUCUGGUGUGGAGGCCCUUCCUCGGGCUCUCCACACUGUUUGCAGAGAAGGAACCAGAUGCACACCGCUUCACCCAAGGGACAAAGCCAUCUUGACUCUCUUCCCAGAGCUGGGUGAUUGCACAUGGCUCAGUGGCCUCUGACAUGUCCUUAAGUCAGGGAGACCCACUGAUGCCCCCCAAGGAAACAUCAGGGUUGGCAGGUCUCACUGUGGCCAGGUCUGGACUGAGGUUGCUGUAUGGUCCGCCGUCACUUUUCGGGCCUUUUCCCUUUGCUCUCGGAGCUCCAGGCACAGGGCUGGCCUCUGCACACGUAACCACCUCAUUCAGCACUAGCCCUCAUCGGGAUGGCAUGGCCUAGGGGCUCCCUCACAGGCGGGCUGUCCUUGCUGGGUCAGCUGUGGCCUGCUGCCCAGACCUCCCGCUUAGAGCAUUGGGGUGGACCUUCCAAGGCCUGUAGUGUUUGUCUUUACAAGAGCGGGCUUUUGAGUGAGGCUGGGCCCCAGACCUCAUGCCAGGCAUGCCUCUGUGUCUGCUCAGCUAUGUUUCACUUCAGAGCUCUGGAAGCCUAUUGUCUGCCCAGGUUCCCCCUACGUUAAGCCGCUUUUGGCCAGGUGGCUCCUCUCCUUGCUUCUAAGCCCUGCUUGCUCAGGACACCACUGGGUGCCAUUGUAAUUCUGAUAGGUUAAAAUCUUCCUGCAGAGAUAGAACUUUGUGCUGAAUUUAUCACCCCUCCCCCGGGAUGACUUACACCUUUUAUUAGCCCAAUAACCAGUGGUGAUACCUUAGAGGAGAAUGCUCCAGCUGAUCCCAUUCACCUUUUUCCCUCUACACACGCGGAAUGAGAACAUCUGUCCCACAUCUCUUGUGAGAUAAUUUUGAUCUCAAAGAAGAGACUGUAUUUGAAGGCAGAGGGAAAACUUAAUAGGAUAGUUUAAAGGAUUUUUUUUUUUUAAUGUAGCUUCACCGUGAAAUGCAAUGGAAACUGAAAACUCUUAGCUCUCUGCUUACUUGGGGUUGUGCUUACUUUGCCUUCAGUACCUGCCAGGAUGCGGGGUCUCCCCCAAUCCAACACAGCAGUCACCUGGACACACCCCGGCUUGCUACAUGGGAGAACAGCUUUCACGAGGCGCAGAGGCCCCGUUCUGCCACUCAGUCUUUCAAUGAGCUGUGUUACUCGCAGGGGAGGAUGUGAAGAGGCAGCUGAGAGCCCAACGGUGUUGCUGGGCUCUGGCCAAGCAGAAAGCUGAGGCCUGUCAGGGAUGAUUAAAGAGCCCAGUGUUGGAAAAGAACAGGCCUUUAUGCUGGUGGUAAAAUGAUUAGAAAGUAAUAAGAAAAAUGCAGGUUUGGACAGAACAUUGUUUUGUUUAAUCAGUUCUAAGCCCAAAAGAAAAAAAAAAUGGAGUACCCUUGGAAGUAUCUUUUAUAGGGAUUACGAUAUACAUCUGAACAUUUCUCUUGGCCAGUUUACGAGCUUAGCAUUUAAGAGGAAGGGGGUAGGUGAGUCUCUUUCUCUAUUCCUCAUGUCUGAUGAGGCAAUUUCUCUAAUGGGAACCAGAAGUAGGGGGAAAAAACGAGUGGGGAGCAGGCUGGUGUGGGCAGGCACCCGUGAGGGGGUGGAGAUCCGGCAAAGCACGGUGGGCUCUUCUUUUGGCUGCGUGGUCUGGGGAGGGCUGGGGCUUACUAGAUGAGGAAAGGGGAUACCCAGGACUUUACAAGGCGAUAUGGGAAUCUGAGGAAAGUGAGACUUUUGCUGUCCUAAAACGUUUCUGGGGAGAGAGUGGGCAGGAUGGCAUUGUGGAAAAGCAGAGGCCUGGAGGUGUGCCUGGAAGAUGUGGGAGACAGAGGUGGGCUGUGAAUCUGCUUAGCAUGCUGGCACUGGCAAGGUCGGAUGGAAGUCUGAGGUGCCACGGUCCGAGUGGGGUGUGGUUUUGUCAGGCAGGAAGUGAUCUGUAGGAAGUUGACCUCCAGAGGCAGGGAGACAGCUUGGAAGGCCUUCCCUACCUGAGACCCAGCUUCUAUUGAUUGGGUCCUAUGGAUUUUUAUCUUUUCUGGAAACAUUAAACAUUGAUGUUUGUCAAAAGUGGAGGCCGGUUGGAUAUUCUUGAAUGAUUUGGAGACUUUUGACAUGUGUUAAUGAUGCUUAAGCAAUUCCAGUUCUCACAUGUUUGUUGGGAGUUACUGGUAUGGGUGGGUAAGGGACAUGAGCUUCUAUUGACAAACAACUGAACUGAAGACAAAGGGGAGAGGAUGUCUUUCUCUGCUUCAGUGCUCUUAUAUAGCAUUUUCCCCAGUGUUAAAAACAUUCCAUUCUGCAUAGAAACACAUUAAGAUGUUAGUGCCUCCUUACCGCUCAGGAAGCGCACAACUCAGAAGUCUCAGGAAGUCCCUGAAACUUAUGCAAUGCACAAAGUCCCUCCCUCUCUGAGGUUAUAUAAACAGUAAGGAUGGCUGAGGAGAGGAGACCCUACCCCAUGGGAGCUGUCUGUAAGCUAUUCAGAGCUCCUAGGUCUAGCAUGGAGCUAGUCAUCACCUAUGUGGAUGGGCUUUCAGUUAUGCAGCUGCCUUUGAGUCAUCCACACACUUGUAACUAAUCCCUACUCAUACUUCCUUUUAGUAACCCCUAUAAACUUCUUCAUUCAGGUAGAGUCAUAUCCUUUAAGCACCCAUGCCUUGGGACCUGCUUCUGCCAGCCAGGCCCCUCCUCCCGAAGGCUCUACAACCUUCCAAACUGAAGUCUGAAGAACAUCAGGUUCAAACCACAGUAAGGCUAAAAGCUGCAGGACUGUGCACUUGAAAAUAGUAUAUUUUGCAUUGUGUAUCUCAUAACCACAAUUUUAGGUGGAGGAACUCUCUGAAUGUGAUGAGGCAGUUGGUCUCUGGGGGAUUGGGAUAUGGUUUGAAGGCAGGGUAAGCUGCCUUGAGGGGUCUCAGGUAUAGAUAUCUUGUAUUACACAUUGCAGUGUUAGGUCUUGUCUGCCUAGAAGUGGCUUCUAAAAGGAGAUUAGAUGUGAAAGGCGUUUGUCAGUUAUUUCCUGUGGUGUCAGAGUUGAGCAGUGUGUUCCAUAGUGUUGGACACGGGCUCUUCAUUUAGUCUUUGGUAUCUCAUACCAAGCAGAAGUUGACAGCAUUGGUCAUUCUACUUUAUGUCACAGAUAAGGGAGGCGUGGAGGAAAGGCCUCAUACUUAAGUCCCUCCAAUGAAGGGCUGGAUACCACUCUGAGCAUUUCAUGUAUAGUAAAUUCACUUGGUUCCUUUGACAACCCUUGUCAGUUAUCCCAGUAGACACAUAAGGAAACAGAGGCACAGGCAAGAGAAACGGGCUGCCCAAGGUCAGAGCCCAUGUCAAGACGUGAAGGAUGCAGACAACCUGUAGCAUAAUUUUCGGGGCUGGCUGGUGGGGCCAUUCACCCUACAGCCCAAAGGAGCUGCGUUUCAGGUGUGGAACCUCUCACAUACAGAAGCCUUCACUAAUCAGUUGCUGCCUUAUCGAAGUGCUAAGCUGUGUGACGACAUUUACUGUGAGGUAGUAGACCGCUGAGAGAAUGAACACUUAAAGAUACAGACGCAAACAUCUUGCAUAGCAUUCAGCAAGCAAAAUAUGCUGAAGUGUUAAAGGGACGACAUUGAAACGCUUGUCUAAAAAUUUAAAGUAGUUCAGCAGGUAGGAAAACCAUGUGUGUUUGUGUGUAUGCUGUGUGUGCAUGUACGAUGUGUGUGUGGAGGGCUACAUUCAUGUGUACAGAUCAGAGUCAACAUCCUCCUAUGAGGGCUCUCACCUUUCAUCUUGAGAUGGUGGGGGGAGGGGAGAGGGGAAGCAGAUUUUGUUGUUCAUUGCUGCAUGGACCAGUGUGGCUGGUGCUUGAGCUCCCUGGGGCUUCGGCUGUCUCCAGUUCUCUUCUUCUCAGAGCUGACACAUCUGACCUUUAUGGAGCUUCUGAGUUCUCACACAUAGGCUUGUACAACUUCUGGAGCCUGGUUUGUAUGGGGCAAUUCUUUGAAUCGGGGUCAGGUGUGUGUGUGAGAGAGAGAGAGUUUACUCCCAGGGGAAUAUAUUAUUGCCACAGCUCCCAUCUUUCCUCUAUCACUAAAUAUUGAGGGGGGACCGGUGAUGGUCUUCUUUUAGGGCUAAGUGGUUCCUUAUAUUGGGGGGUGACUCUUUUUCUGUCAAAGGGUGGAGACCUGUUGAACAGAGGGCAAAGUCGCUUGGUGUCUAAUUUAACAAAGGUUCUUGAUAACCAGGGAAGCAAAUUUGCAGCAUACACACCUGAAAAGAGAUUAAAGGCCCUGUUGCCUUCCUAUCAUCCCCUUUUCACAUUGAGGGCAAUGCUGAAGAAAGAAAAAAAAAAAAACACAGAAUGCCUACAGGCAAGUCUAGUGACAAAUAUGUCAUCAUUUCUAUUAGAAAAACAUCUCAGGAGCUGCAGAGAUGGCUCAGCGGUUAAAAGCCCGUUCUUCCAGAGAACCCAGGUUCAAUUUCCAGCACCCAUAUGAUGGCUCAUAACUGUAAGCUUAACCACUAAGUAUUCUCUCCAGUUGUUUUUUCUUUGGUUGGUUGGUUGGUUGGUUGGUUAGUUGGUUUCAUUUUAUUUAAGACAGGGUCUCACCAUAUAGUUCUGACUGUCCUGGAACUCACUCUGUAGACCAGGCUGGCCUCAAGCUUGUCAGAGACCCACCUUUUGCUACCAACAGAGUGCUGGGAAUAAAGGCGUACUCCAUCACGCCUGGGCUAUCCAUUUGCAGAGGAGGGCAGGUAAUUUCUGAAGAAUCAAUGUUUACUUGGCCUGUAGUUUUGAAGCAUGAGUUCAAAUGUGACCGCCGUUUUUUUGGUGAGGCCUUUCGAAGUGGAUGACACUCUGCAAAUCCCAUGAGAGGUUCAGAGAGCAUUGUGUAGCUUGAGACAGGGGACAUCUUCAAGUGGGUGAUUCUUUAUUUCUCUUAUUUUCUCGAAAGACUUCCACUUACACAUAUAGCUCAGCAGUCUGCUCUUCUACAGUGGAGCCCCAGAGCUUAACGGUGAGGGCGAGGGCUGUGCAGUUGGUAUCUCACUAGCUACAGCCCAGCUGCCACGACCAGUGUUUCUUCCAGAAAUACCAUUUCAAAUGAUCUGUGUCAGGCAUAGAAUUGUGAUGUCUGCCCCAAAGCAGGCAAGGAAAUGGCUCAUGAGAUAAAAGGGCCCCCUUUCCAGUUGGAAGAACCGUGGGAUCGCCAGAAUGGAGUCAGUGUAUGGACCUUGCUCUUUGGCAUCCAUUCAUUGGUCUGAAGCUGAGUGAGUGUUCUCUGAGCUGUGAUCACUGUCAGCUGGAGAGAUCUUCAGUGGCACUCCUUGAGGUUUCGGGUGGGCAGAACCACCUCUGUGUGCCUCUAGGAGCCCCAAGCCAGCCUUGGCCCGCAAGUGGAGGUGGGGCUGGCUGGGACCAGGUGGCUGAGGACAGGAAUGAUGCUGUGCUCCCACACCGUCAGGCUUUUGGGUUUCUCGCUUGGUUCUGUGGGAAUGGUAGCUGUUGCAGGAAGAUACCUAGCCUGGCUGACACUGUGGGUCUUUGAGAGCCAGCCUGUUGGCCCUACCGGCCUGUGAGGCACCCUACAGGCAGUCUUUGAGAGCUGUUCCAACUUCUGGUUUUCCCUUUGGACUUUCCCAUAAACUGAGGGAAAGAGGUUCUCAGUUUUCUGACUGGCCACUUGGCUUCUUGGCUGGAAUCUGUCCCUUCUGGAGUCCCUUUCUUCUCUUCCCUGGGUCUCCAGCUGUGAACCGUCAAGGAACAAAUGCUAGGGACUGUGUAGAGGACCAUCUGUGUGUUCUAGUUCAGCUCAGUGGGUGCAUGGCUGAAGGAAUAGUGGCCCUCACGCCCCAGCGCUGGGCCAGGGUCUGGGUCUAAACCAAGACUGCUCAGGGGCUUGCUUCUGUGUGGCAGAAGGGGUCUUCCUGUGUGUGUCAAACAUGCAUAACAACCUUCCUCCUCUCUUUCUGGAGGCUCUAUAGAGGGUGCACAAAGGUUGAGACUGUGAGAGUAGGUGCAGGUCUGAUCAGCUCUUUCCAAAGCCUGAUUUUAGAUACCCUCUGUCUGAAGUUGCCUUUGGUGUUUGGUUUUGAAACACAGUCUCUGUCCAGGCUGGCCGCCAACUCACUUUUUAGGUCGACCUCUGAGCUCUGGUCCUCCUCCCUCCACUUUGCCCAGGGAUGGGAUCACCGUUACGCACUAGGCCCGCUCUAUGUGGCAUUGGCAAUCAGACCCAGGGGCUUCUUCGUGUCAGCCAUGCACUCCACCAAUGCCCUUACAUCCCCAGCCACGGCUUUUGUGUUUCUGGAUGCUCAUGCGAUGCUCUAUUGGCUGCAGAGUCUAGUAGCAUCUGCUGGACCACCCUAGUUGUCGGUGGCUUUGCCAGGAGUCACAGAGAUGGAGGAAAGGUGUUGGAGGUGGUUUCUGUCUGUGUCUUCAGUGGGAGCACCAGCAGGCUCUGGGCUCAGAUUACCUGACAAAAGAGAUACCUUCCCCCCACCCCCACCCCGCCUCUUCCACUGUUUAAUGAACCAUGUGGCCACCAGCUGUGAUGAUAGGCCUUUCUUGACAGCACCCAUAAGCAACAGUGGCCACACAGAUUCCAGGCAGGGACCUUCAUAGAGUGUCCUCCGGCAGGUUUUGGCUCGCCAUGCACAGCAGCCCCGGAGGGAGGGACUCCCAGCCUGUCGCCCCUUCUCUUCUGCUCAGAGUUGGGAGUGGGGCCAGCACUUGGCAGCUUGCUUAGGACCAAGCAUUACUGCUCUCAGUAAGUAUCCUGGGGCCUCUGAGCCAUCUGCCAAUUUCCCUUUUACUGGUGAGGUGUGGGGGAGCCAGGCCCAACUCUCUCUUUUAUUACAGUCUCUCUUCCAACCAAGGAGAGCCUGUGGUCCUAGGGAGAACCUUCUUGCUGUUCAGAGCUAGUGAGCAAAGAAAAAUGGACAAAGCUGUAAACAUUCAAACUGGGAAAGAACGCCACCAAGCUGCCUGGACUUGUCCUGCCCUCGUCACCAGCUCAUCUUCUUUGGUGAAGAAUGAAGUCUGCUUCCUGAGCAGAACACACCCCAAGAACUGGGUCCACCUAGGGCUUCCGGUUUCUUCCUAGUCAAUUGAUGGGUUACCUCAUCUCCUGUUCCCACAGGGACAUGGUUUGUCAGGUCCUUUUUGAGGAGGUAAGGAGCAUCCUCUCUGCCUUCCUCCCCUCCUUGCUAGCCUUGCUGGUGUCUGCCUGCACUGGACAGGGACUUAGGUCAAGGAGCCCCUCAGUGUCUCCACAAGACACACGGCCAUUGGCCCUCGCUGGAAGAGGACUUCAAGCGUAACAAAAGGUCUCCUUCUUGCAGAGCAGUGGCUUGGCUUGUUCUUAAAGUUCCCUUAAGCCCAUAGUCACUUAGAAAUGGAGCAUCUGGUUCUAUAAAAAGCAGCUGGCAAGGGGUUGACCUUGAGGAGAUCCCCAAGUCAAGAAAUGAGACCUCCAGGAAGUAGCUCUUUGUCUAGUGCUGACAAGAUGUAUACAAAGGGAGUUCUGCUGGAGGAUAGUGGGGUGUGCCCAGUCGCCCAGAGCCUUAGGGCAACUUCCCAGCAUCUGGAACAGUGAAGUUUCCAUCCAGGUAAGAGGUUUCUACCCAGCAUGGAGGGGAGGGUGUGAAGGAGGCCCAGAGAGGCCAAAUCCUGUGAACCGAUGUCCUGUCUGGCUUUCAGGUAACAACGACAAAGGAUUGCUGUUAUCAUAAGGCUAGAAUGGGGGGGGGGCAGAGAGAGAGAAAGAGAGAGAGAGAGAGAGAGAGAGAGAGAGAGAGAGAGAGAGGAGAGAGGGCCUUCAUCAGGUCUUAGAGUCAUUCCCUCUGAAAUAUUACAUACUAAGUUAGAAUAAUCCCAAACCCGAAAAGCAAGAGGCUUCCCUCCAGUAUAGUCCACCUUCCCUCAGGAUGACAGCCAAGUCCCAGCCCUGGGGGCGUUCUCUGAGGCCUUUCCUCUGUGGGUCCGCCGUGGGAGCCAGGGACAUUAAAAACUGCCUUCCUGGGGAUUGUGAAGGGGUUGAAUUUCCUGACCGUCCUGGAUAAAAGGAACACAGGCAGUCUCUCCACCCUGAGAGCUGCUGGUGUUGGUAUUUACGUAUUCCCAGGGCUCCUCCUGGGGCUUUUAAAUGUUAAGUAAUGGGUUCGUGACCUCUGGUGAGAAGAAAGAUGGCCGGCAGGUAAAGUUAUCUCUCCCUUUCAUCUGUUUAAUCUCCCUGCUUCAGGCAACACACUGAGAGCCCUGCAAUUACACCCUUCCUACCCCCAGACGGAAAACCUAAUUUUUUUUUUUUUUUUUUUAAGGAGAGACACUUUUUCCCAGGAUGGAGUUAGAGAAGCUGCUGCCUCAGGCGCUUCCUACCCCUCUUGCACAACCCAGAGGAAAGGCGAUGGGACAAAAAGGAAGCUUACCCUCAGCGUGGGGAAGGCUGGAGAUGUAUCUUAGGUGUGGGGAGAAGAGAAUGCAGAGAGAGCCUGGGGUUGGGCUGUGGACUACACAGAGCCUGCUGCGGAGCGAGUCCACGAGGUAGGGGAAGACCAUGCCCGGUACCAUGAGGCAGAGCUGAUGAUGAUUAGAACCCGCUGUGUAGACAGAUGUGAUGACGCAAGCCUCUCAACUUCAGCUCAGGCCACCCCGGUCUUGUUUCGAAUCUCUUGAGGUUAUGGACACUUUCCUUAGAAAUUGCCCGUCCCUCCCAGCAGCGGUGGGAGGCGGUGGACCCUCCGCAGUUCUAGUGAUGAUGUCUUUCCCCACCUCACAUUUUGGUGAGGGCUCCAGUCUUCUUUCAGGUCCUCUCUCACCCAGGCAUUUGGCCCUCUCCUUUGUGUCUUGAGUAACACCCCUGUGCAGUAGCCCAGGCCCAGGUGGCUGGAGACACAGGCUGCCCAGAGGGGGAUGCUCUUGAGGCUGCCUCACCCCUGGAGUGAUGAAGACCUAUUGAGAAGGCAGGCUUUGUUCAGCGCAGGGUGCUGGGCCAGCCUGAGUGCCUGACCUCGGCCCUGUCACCAGCCUCCUCCUAAGAGGCAGAGGCAUCUUUGUUAACCCCUUUGACCCCUUUGUUCUCCUCCUCCCUUUGUUCUGGUGAAGACUGCCUCCUUGGAGGGGGCCACUGACAAAUGGGGCGAAGGAAGCUACAAAGCUUGCUCUUGGGACUUUCCUGCAGAAGGUGGGCUCAGAGCUUCUGCGAACGACCUGUUCUGCCUUCUGGGCUCUUGUUAGCUUGUUCUGUUAGAAGGCUUAGUGAGCCUUCCCUGGCAACACAAAAACUACCCUGCAAAGGCAGUAAAACGGGCUCCCGAUCCAUUAAUCACCUCUGCAGCACGGGACACUGUGGCUCAGUUUAGAAAAUGUGCUUUAAAAGGGUCCGCAAUCUUUCCAGACUUAACUCAGGGCAUGCAAAUUUCCAGCUGGUUAAGUCCUGACAUUCACUUAAGUGGGGAAAACCCCCACGUUUUAGCAGACUGGAAGUGGAAGCGAGCUCUUUCCAUGGCGGGAGUGGUCUUGGCUGGGACCAGCAGCGCCAGCGCUCCAAAGCUAAGGUUCCAGCCAAAAAGCCAGGAGAGGAACCAGUUCCAUAGACCUGCCAGAUGCUGACAGAUGCAGUCAGAUGGAGGGGUGUGAUUUAGGGGGCCCCUUCAGCAGUACCAUGUAGACAGCAUUGAAAACUGUCUUUGAGGAUGGGAUGCAGCUCAGUGGUGCAACUUUUACCUUGUCUGUGGGAGGCCUGGGCUCCAACCCAGCACCUCAAAUAACCCCCAAACUGCCCCAGAAAGAUGGGUUUUGGGCUCAGAGGACUGAGGCUUGGAUUUCAGCACCCAUCUGUAGUUCUAAUCCCCAACCCCUUCCCCCGGUAUCUGAAGCCUUCUCCUUUGACCUCGAUGCUCCACAGCAACACUCGAGCACGUCUGUGCACGUACACCCCCCCCCCCCCCCAGAGAAGCAGGUGUGGAGACUAGAGGCUGAGAAACACUGCCUUUCUGUCUCUAGAAGACCUGCUUUUUCUUUUCCUUAAAAAAGUGAUCAAGGGUGAAUGGGUUGUUUGUAACCCUUGGGGGUGGGAGGCUCAGUUAGGCAAUGAGCACAGUAUCUUCCUCUGGCCUUCCUGGAAGAAUCUGGUGGGUCACAACGUCUGCCAGCAAACAAAUGUUGGAUCUAGAGAACUUGUCAGAGAAAGUAAAAGAAUCUGUUUUUUUAAAAAAAAAAUGAGGUAACAAAGCUCUGGCUUUAAGAGGUGGGGCCCGGGAAGGGUAUACUUAGUCCCUUGUGGGGCCUGAUCCCUUAAGACGGGACGCUUCUGGGGUUUGCAUUGCAGUGGGUGUGACAGUGCUUGGUGUGUCCUGGGAUGGAUGGAGAUGAUGUGCAAAGCACAGCUCCCUUCCCACCUCGACCUGUGGCACACGUGUGUGUAAGGCAUCUCCUCCUACAAGUGCAGCCUGAGGUCCUGUUUGUUGUCACCACCCACGCUCCUUUCCUUUGUCAGUAGUUUUGCACGGCCUUUGCGGCCACUUCCUCUCGGGUUUGCUUGUUAGAGGAAAAUGUGCUCCGCUCUCUGUGUGUGCCGUGCGUCUCCACGGUGAGCGUGGGUGUCUGCGUGUUGGAAGCCAGAGCUAAAGCUCGGGCGUCUUUCUCAUUCCUUCUGUACCUUGUCUUUUUGAACUAGGGCCUCUCACGGAAUUUGGAGCUUACCCUCUCAGCUGGACCGACUGGCUGGUGAGCUUUGGGGGACCACCUGUCUGGCUCCACAACACACAUAUUGAGGACACCUGGGCCUUUCAUGUGCAAACCAAUAUCCUCAUGCUCGGUCCUCAUGUGCAAGCCCCUAACUAACUGGGGCACCCCCUGCAGCCCUGAACUACAGUUAGGAGUUUCCUGGAGGAGUCUGAGACUUGCUGGCGUUAACUUUUCUCCCGUGGGGGAGCGAAGGCCCUUCCUUCUGCACAGGCCUCAGGGACAAGGAUGAAGACCUUGGGUUAAAGUUUCACAUGUGUUCUGAGUGCCUUGUUGGGGGCCAGCCGAGUGUGCCAGGGAGCUUGUGGAAUCCUAGGGGUGAACAUGUCCAGGUGCCUCACAUUUGACAGGAUAACAAGCUGGCUUAUUUGGGAGAAGGGGGAAGGUUGGUUGGUGUGGUUCUGGUAAGGAGCUAGUGAGAACUGGCCUCUGUCUGGGAGGCCAGCUGCUCGCCCGUGGAAAAGGCUGGGCAUGGCCACGUGAGUGGGAGACCCAGGGACCUUUGUGGUCUCCUGGGCAAGGUUCACUCGUUCUUCUUCCUCCUUCUUUCCCCUUGCCCACAUGUGAAUUUAGUGAACGCAUAUCAUUAAAGUGUUACUCUGGUAUUCCUCCCCACCCCAAGCCAUUAAAGGACUUAUCAGGCCUUUUGUUGGAGAAACGCAGGGUUAGUGCGGGGACCCUGUGGCACUCUAAACACUCUGGAAGCCCUCUUAAAACUCCAGGCUUAAGUAAAUUAUGGGUUCCCCACCCUUAGAGCCUCUUUGUUGGCCUCCUUUUGAUGAGAAAAUAAUUGAUUAUCUUUGGGGUUCCUAAUCCCUGGAGGUAUUUAUAGCCUUUUCUCUGAGCUGAGGAGCAGUUUGCAAGUUCAAUCUAAUUACAGCUGUGUCAGUGCCGCCCCAGGCAGGGGCAGGUACUGGGGCACCAAGGUCCUUCCUCCUGGCUCAGCAGAGCUCGGAACCUGAGAGACUGCAGAGGAAACAGGAACCAGGCAUCUAGGCGUGCUUUGGAGACACUGAGGCUCUGGUUCCAGCCCGGUGCCGUGAAGUGUAUAUCCCAGGAAAGCUAGUCACACAGGGUUUCUGAUUUCCCAGUGCAGUAUGAAAGGUAUGUGUGUGGGUGCUCAUUUGUGCAAUGUGGAGGGGACACAUAGGCGAUUUCCGGUGCUAUUCCUCAGGUACGCUCCACCUUUUCUUUCUAAAAUGACAAGAUCUUUUUAGUGGCUUGGGGCUUACCUGUUAGGUUAGGGGAGACCCAGGGAUCCCUUCCUUUGUCUCCCACUCCCCAGCACAGCUAUUAAUAAUUGUACCACCAUGUCUGCCUUUUAAAAAUGUUUAUUAUUAUUAUUAUUAAUUUUUUUUUAAAAGACAAGGCUGGCCCUCCUGGCUCUCCUGCAACUCACUACAUAGAACUCACAAAGACCUGCCUAUCUCUGCCUUCCAAGAGCUGGGACUAAAGGUGUGCGCUACCACAGCCUGGCUCCACGCCAGCCUUUUUGAUGUGUCUUUUCGAGAUGGAACUCUCAGGCUUGUAACACAAGAGCGUUACUGACAACCGUCUCCUCAACCCCGAGUUUGAGCAAUGUUCUGAAUCCUUUCUUGUCAUUUCAAGCUUAUCAUGGUCUCUUCCCUCAGAAUAGACCCAAGUCAAGUAACCAGUUUCUUUGUUCAUUCGCGACAAGCCACCCCUCACCGGUGGUUCCCCAUGGUCUUCCUUGUGCUUCCUUUCCUGUCUGUAGUGACCUCCUCCACUGGAGUCUUGACCUCCCCAGAGUCAUCUGUGAGGGUUGGAGGGACUGUCUUCCUGUCCAUCGCAGGCUGUUGCUCCUGCCCCUCACACAUGUGCUUAGAAUCUAGGAUGAUGGAUCCUUUCUGGAAGGGUCUCGGUGCCCCUACCCAGGUCCAGCAGAAAGCUCACCCUCGGUGUCCCUGGCUUGUUGGUCCACAGUGAGACUGUCCAGUUCAUCCUGAUGGACUAGCCGUGGCCACAGGAGUGUGAGGCGGCGGUGGCUGCAUUGCACUCACAUUUAAGAAGCAGAGGGAUGGAUGGUUGAUGUUCACCCUCCUUUCUCCUUCUCUUUCCGUCUAGGACCCCAGUCACUGGGCUGGCACUGACCACUGACCACUUCCCCGUCAGCUGACCCAGAUAAUGUCCAGAAAUCCGUGGCUUCAGUGAUUCUAAAUUCUGUCAACUUCAUAAUUCAUCAUCGCGGACUGCUUAGCUCAUGGACUGCUGAAUGGUGUAAAGGUGUGAAGGACAUGCACACAGUAGUCUCUGUGUGCCUCCGUCAGAGCUCUUGGGUCAGGCUUGUUGGCAGUUUUCAGUCCUUGGAAGGAAAUUUAGCCCCCACUUUUGUUUUUGUCUUGACAGUGAGCCUGAAAUAUUUAGUAAACCACUGUGUGCGGUCUUCUGACUUUGAUUCCCUAAUGUAACACAGCCACUGUUGUAAAUUUAAAAAAAAAAAAAAGUGUUGGGCUAUAUAUUACUUAUUAUCUAAGAUUAUCACAGUGAUGUUAUUUAACCCACUAUCACAGAUAACAAGAUACAGACACCUGUUAGAUUUAUUAAUUGCUUAUUUACCUGGGGCUGGGCAGAUAUUUCACUUCCAUUGUCUCAGUAGCCUCACCGUCCAUCUCCCUGCCCCAUCCAAUGUCAUCUACCUUAAUCCUCCUCAUCUAAACUAUCUUCCAUCCAUAAUCCCAUGGUACCUGCUUGUAUUAUUCAUCUGGACCUUUUUACAUCAUUGUUGGAGUCUUUUCUCCUCUAGGCCCACAUGAUUUCUUCUCCAUGCUAACCCAUCAUGGCAUCCUCCUUUCUCCUCUCUUCCUGUCUCCUGUGAUUCUCUCUGUCCUCUCCAAGCCCAGGAACCUUAUCCACACCUCCCCAUUCGGCCCUGCCCAGGUAUAGGCUAUUUAAUUAGCCAAUCAGGUUUACAUACAUGGAUAGGUGUACCCAGAUCUUGAAGGCUAGCGGCAUGCAUCAGACCAACCUCCAACAGGCCACAGUGGAUUUAAUGUGAUUCUUGAGGGCCCAGGUCACUGCUGCAUUGGUCCAUCACAGUGGGCCUGAGCUUUGAAGCCUAAAAACCAGUCCUUGGCUUCUCCCCUCUAGCUGUGAAAUCCCUAGAUGGCUUCUUCUUCCAGCAUGAGUCAGUUUUAUUAACACUGAGAGGUGUGGCUUGGUAUGGCUAUCUUUAUCGAUGGCCCUAGCUUGGUGUUCUGGAUGACUGCCUUGGCUUCUACCCUCUGCUUCAUCUUGCACCUUUUAUGUUAGGAGGCGGCUGCCUUCUUUGGAGCUCACAGCCAGCUUCCUCAUCUGCAGCUUCCUCAUCUCUUUGAGUUGGUCCUCUGUGGUGGGAGAGGAAGUUAAGUCAUUGGGGCUAUGCCCUGGGAGGGGAUGCUGUGACCCAGUCCCCUCUGUACUUUUGUCUUUGGGUCCUAGUUGCUGUACAGUGAGUAUCUUCGUGCCUCACAUGUUUGGUCGUGAUGUGAUUCCUCAUCCCAUGCUUGAAUGAAGCAACUGGGCUAACUGCCUGUGCACAGAACCUGGAAACUGUGACCCCCAAACAACUUUUCCUUUUUUUAAGUUGGUGGAUCCUCACGUAUUUUGUCACAGUGGUAGAAAGCUCACCAUCAUGCCAUACUCAUCCAUGUGCUGGAGAUUUCCUGCUCUGCAGCAGGGCUUGCAAUUCUUGACCUCAGAGUGAGGGUGGAGGGCGGAGGGCUUUCUCUCUUUUUUGAUUGAGUUCAAUUGUGAUGAGGGCUUGGGGCCAUCCCUGGGCCGGAAGCUGUGUCAGCCACCUUCCAGGUGUCAGCUAUCACAUUUCCAUGCCACAACUUGAUUUUUUUCACAGGCAAGGACAGGAUUAUAGACUGUAAGUCUUUGUGAAGCCAAAUCACACACCCUUCAGACCACUCCAACAAGACCACCAGCUGCGGUCUGGCAGAGUCCCUCCUCCUUUUCAAAUUUGUCAAAGGUAAUUUACAGCUUGAAUUUUCAGGGGCGAACACAGCUUCCCUGAAGGCAUCUCUCUGUGGAACAUAGCUCCAGACCCUGGGAUUCCACUGCUUUGCAGUGGGUGAAUUAUAUGCUGUCGGUGUAGCCCAUGGUGUUGCCCCAGCAGGCACAAUAUUACCCUGUGAAGAGGUGUGUGCGCCUACCAACCAUGGCUUACACACCUCCCUUACCCAUGCCUGGGGUCCCAGCAGAGCCAGACCCUGGUAUACCUUGAGGAGAGAGAGAGAGAGAGAGAGAGAGAGAGAGAGAGAGAGAGAGAGAGAGAGAGAGAGAGUUUGCUGUGGUUGACCAGGAGUGAGCUGAAGAACAGGAGGUCCCCUACAGACCCAUGAUAGGCAAAGACCUAUAAAGACCUCUGGUACCUCCUCAAGGCUUCCAGUACAGCGAGCAUCGGGAAUCUCAGAGUUCAGUCCUUACCCUUCAUGGAAAUGACAAGGGCUCUCUUGUGCUAACCCGACACAGGAACUAUACGUGAGUUUCUGUGACAGUCCACAGCUAGAGAACGUCCCACUCAAUUUAGGCAAGGAAGCUCUCCUCACACAGACUUCUUCAAAGCACAUGAAGAAAGUGAACCAAUCUGAUCAGGCAAGUAAGCAAAGAAUGAGCGACAGAUCUUUAGACUUUUGUAGAACUAUGAAAUUACCUUCUGGAGAAUCAUUCUGUUAUUGAUUGUUGGGUGUCUUCGUUAGGCUUUCAUUGCUGUGAAACCAAGGCAACUCUUAAAGAGAAAAAUUUAAUUCAGGGCUGGCUUACAGUUUUAGAGGUUUAGUCCAUUACCAUCAUGGUGGGAAGCACGGCGGUGUCCAGGUAAGCAUGGUGCUGGAGGAGGAGCUGAGAGUUCUACACUGGGAUCGAAGGCAGCCAGGAGGAGACUGGAUUCCACCCUGGGCAUAGCUUGAGCACAGGAAAUUUCAAAGUCCGACUCCACAGUGAUGCACUUCCUCCAACAAGGCCAUGCCUCCUAAUAAUGCCACUCCUCAGGAGCCAAGCAUUCAAACCCACGAGUCUAUGGGGCCAUGCCUAUUCCAACCACCACACUGUAACAACACUACUGUAUGACGUAGGGGUAUUUUGGAAAUGAUGGUGUUUUUUUGUGGACUGGUGUGUACCCUCACAUGUGCAAGCAUGGAGGCCAGAAACGAUGCUGAAUGUCUUCCUCUAUCGCUGUCUACCUUAUUUUUCAUUAAAUCUUUUUUAGAUUUAUUUAUUUUAUGUGAAUGACCAUUUUGUUUGCAUCUGCAUAUAUGUCCUGUAUGUGGUCCUAAUCUCUAUGUAGCAUCAGGUCCUCUAGACCUGGAGUUACAGAUGGUUGUGAGCCACCACGAGGGUGCUGGGAAUUGAACCCAAGUCCUCCGCAUGAGUAGCUAGUGCUCUUAAGCACUAAGCCAUCUCACCAGCCCUCCCUACACUAUUUUAAAAAAACAGGGUCUCUCACUGAACUCACAGCAGCUCACUGACUGCCCCGAUUUGCUGACUGUUGACCUCCAGGGAUUCCCCUGUCUCCUCCCACUUCCAACCCCAGGGCUGCUCAUGUCUGGAUUUAUGAGAGUAUGGAGGAUCUGGACCCAGGUCCUCAUGCUAGCACAUCAAACUCUUUCUUACUGAGCCAUCUCCUCAGUCCUGAAAAUGUUUUGUGUCACACACUUGUGGGUUCCCCUACAGCUUCAGCAAGGUGCUGCUGUGCUGGGCUACCUGCAGGUUUGGUGUGGCUGGGCUAGACCAUGGUCAUUGUUUCAAAACUAGGCAGCAGGCUUCCUUCCUCUGAGAAGUCCAAGGUGGGCUCUUUACACGGUUUGGUUUCUUCAUGAUGUAGCAAACAGGUUCCAGGGACUCUUCUUGGGUAUUUUAAAAAUAGCGAGUGGACUCUGGGCAGUUAGAUUCCAUUCUGCACUGUCAAAGGGCCAGUUCCUUUCCACGUGGCUCAUAGCAAGUCCUGCUGUGAUUCUUAGGGAAGUUGCUGCUGACAAGGGUGAGCCAGAGUGACCUUGCAGAAGAACACAUAACCCAGAGACCCCGGAACAGCCUUCUCUGGAAAGCAGUGUGUCAGAUGGCAAGGCCAAUGCUGACUCUCAAAGCCCUUUGAGAUAGGUGCUGACACUCGUGUUCCAUCAUGUGGACACACACAGCCUUUCCGUUUGUGAGUGGGCUCCUUCAGUAUUCAAACACCUUUUAACUGGUGCCUGUUGUGUGGCCUUGUGACGAAUAAGAUGAAAUAGGCGGAUAAAAAGAGAGUUCAACAUGAGCAAUGGUUUAGAUAGGGGACAGAGUGAGGUCUUUAUACAUAGUGUGUGCAUAUGUGUAUGUGUAAUAUAUGCCAUAUAUAAUUUAUGUAUCGCCUUUCAUCUAUAUGUGUGUGUAUAUACAUAUAUGUGUGUGUGUACAAUAUGUAUUGUGUUCUCUGCACACGAUGGGGACUAAUAUGAACCCAGAGGAAGUGUUACUGUCCUGAGGAAAGACAUCAGGGUAGAGCUGUCUGUGAGAGCUGUUGGAGAUAGCACAGGAUACCCCACCCUGAGCUGUUCUUCCCGAGCUCCAGAGAAGUCAAAAUAGGCAAGGCCAGCUGUGGCCGGGCAAAGUCCUCUGAUGUAGACCCUGGUACUGGCCUAAAGGGGCUGCUUUCAAGCAUCAAGAGCCAUUGUUUGACCUGUAGAAAGAAGCUGCUUUUUGUUUGUGUCACAGAGCUUGUAUUUACUAAAGGAGGCUGAACUCUGCCAAAAACAUCUCAGACACAGAAGUUUGUUUUGAUCCCACUAGUGUCACUGAGAUAAGUAUUUUCCACAGCUGUGCAGCGCUGUUCCACACUGGCUUUGCUGAGGCCCCACCCGACAUCCCUGUGCAGUGUGAUGACAUCCCUGUGCAGUGUGAUGACAUCCCUGUGCAGUGAGACAGUCUUGUGCAGUGAGACAGCCUUAUGCAGUGUGAUGAGGUCCCUGUGCAGUGAGGCAGCCUUGUGCAGUGAAACAGCCUUAUGCAGUGUGAUGACAUCCCUGUGCAGUGAGAUGAUGUCCCUGUGCAGUGAAACAGCCCUGUGCAGUGUGAUGACAUCCCUGUGCAGUGUGAUGAUGUCCCUGUGCAGUGAGACAGCCUUAUGCAGUGUGAUGAUGUCCCCGUGCAGUGAGACAGCUUUGUGCAGUGUGAUGAUGUCCCUGCCCAGUGAGACAGCCUUAUGCAGUGUGAUGAUGUCCCUGCCCAGUGAGACAGCCUUAUGCAGUGUGAUGAUGUUCCUGUGCAGUGUGAUGAUGUCCCUGUGCAGUGAGGCAGCCUUGUGCAGUGAAACAGCCUUAUGCAGUGUGAUGACAUCCCUGUGCAGUGAGAUGAUGUCCCUGUGCAGUGAAACAGCCCUGUGCAGUGUGAUGACAUUCCUGUGCAGUGUGAUGAUGUCCCUGUGCAGUGAGACAGCUUUGUGCAGUGUGAUGAUGUCCCUGCCCAGUGAGACAGCCUUAUGUAGUGUGAUGAUGUCCCUGUGCAGUGAGACAGCCUUAUGCAGUGUGAUGAUGUUCCUGUGCAGUGUGAUGAUGUCCCCGUGCAGUGAGACAGCUUUGUGCAGUGUGAUGAUGUCCCUGCCCAGUGAGACAGCCUUAUGCAGUGUGAUGAUGUUCCUGUGCAGUGUGAUGAUGUCCCUGUGCAGUGAGACAGCCCUGUGCAGUGAAACAGCCUUAUGCAGUGUGAUGAUGUCCCUGUGCAGUGUGAUGAUGUCCCUGUGCAGUGAGACAGCUUUGUGCAGUGCUGUGACUUCCCUGUGCAGUGUGAUAACUGACCCUGUGUUGCUUGGGGUUGUCUUCAGGCUGGGGGAACAGUGAGUCAGCUUCUUUUUCUUUUUGUGUUUACAUUUUCAGCUUUUAAAGUUUCAUUAAAUAUUGAGAAGUUACUUUUAACCUCGAGUUCCUUUUAGCAUGAUAGGAAUGGCACACGUGAAAGUGUCAUGAAUGCGUGUGCUCAGGAACCGGAGGACUGGCACAACACACAGGCCGCCCGCCCUGUGAGAGUCACCUUCCUAAGAGCAGCUCUUGUAGUUUCACUGUCCUCGUGAACCCUCUCUGUUCCUCGUCCUCCCGGCCUCUGUUGUUUCCAGUAACAAGUAAGUGAGGGGUGAAUGGUUUCUCCAGGGGUUGCUAUGGAGAAUGGCUGUGGCCUUCCUUGCCCUCAGGUGACUGGUACCUUGACCCCAGGCAGCCUGCAUAUCAGGACCCUUGUGCUCUAUUCUCAGCAAAUCAGUAUCUAUUCUCAGCAAAUCAGUGCUCUAUUCUCAGUAUCUUGGUUUUGAAACAAUGGCCUUGGAUCCUACGACAGUGUGUGACUGUUCAGGAAAUUGUUAUUAAUCAAACGAAAUGACUUUUUUUUUUCUUUGAUCACUAAGUUACCCAAACACUAGAUUAGAUUGGAGGUUGGCAAACCUUUUCCAGGAAAGACCAGGUUGUACAUUGUUGGGUUUUUCUGGACAGACUUUUGAUACAAUAGCCAUUCAGGUAGGCGGUGGGCCAUAUGCACACACCCUCCCCCCCACUUCACACACACACACACACACACACACACACACACACACACACACACACAACAUACACACACACACAAACAUAUACACACACCACACAUACACCACACACAUUCACAAACAUAUGUACAUACCACACACACACACACACACAUAUACACAUGGCCCUUCCCCCAUUCCUAGCCAUCAGUAAUUGGCUGUUGCUCACAUUUAGAUAGACUCAAAUGAACAGAAUCUAUGACUUAGGUAGCUUUCAGGGAUGCUUCGUUUGUUUUCUUCCUUAAAAUAAUUCCCCAAGAAAGACAAAAUUUAAUUUUCAGAUGGAUACAAAUUGGCAUUUUGGGGAGGGGAUUCUAAAGCAAUUGCAGAUAGAAUGUCCGGCCACUACCUGUGUCAGGAGGUUGACUGAUUCCGUGGCCCACAGAACUGUGCAGGGUCCCCUGCUCUGUCCGGCAGCCCUGCUCUGUCUCUGUGGCUUUACUCUGCCAUUUAUUCUUCCCGUUCAUUCAGCCUAGUUCUCACACCAUUCUCCCCACCUAGCUAGUGCGUUCGUGAUAGCUGUUCUGCCAGUGCCUGGCUGUUUCGUGGGUUUGUCUUGCCCUGUGAUGGGUAAUGUUCACUGUCAACCUCAGGGGGAUUUGGGGUCACUGAGGAAACAUGGUCUGCCUGAUGGCCUUUCCAGAAAUGUUCAGCAGCGUGGGGAAGAUGUACCCCGAAUGUGGGCGGUAUCAUCCCACGGGCUAGAGCCCUGAAUUGACUAAAAGGAGGAAAAUGAGAGCUCAGCUUGAGUACCAGCGUUCAUUGCUCUCUGCUUCCUGAUGGGGAUGUGUGACCAGCUGCCCUGCGCUUCUGCCACCACAGGUACCCCUCCAUGGAGGACUGUGCCACCCACCUGUGAGACAAAAUGAACCCUUUCAUCAGUAAAGUGUUUUCCUCAGGUGUUGUGUCACAGUGUCAGAACUGUUGAGGUGUUUGUGGCAUCCCUCGUUUGGAGCUGUUGUGAAACACAGCUGUGGGGUUUUAGUUCCUCGAGGUGAGCAUUCGGUGUGGACCGCCCGCCCUGUGAGAGUCACCUUCCUAAGAGCAUCUCUUGUAGUUUCCACUGUCCUUGUGAACCCUCUCUGUUCCAGGUCCUCCCGGCCUCUGUUGUUUCCAGUAACAAAUCUGCUGUCACUGGGCUGUUUGUCUUUUAAAGACAAGGCGGGGCCGAUUCAGGGUGAUAUAGCCAUUGUAGUUUGUUCUCUGUCUAUAGGUUUUUCUUUUUCUUGGAUGUCUCUUUUAAGAGUUUUGUUCAUUGCGUUCACAUUGCGUUCAGUUUUAAGA